AUGAAACAUCUUUGGCCGUUGCUGGCGUGGAUACUUCUGUUCUUCUGUCCGGCCGAAUCUCUACGAGGACUCGGCCACGGACUAAGAAGGGAAGUGUUCUUCCUCAACCUCGAGGAUGGCUACUUUGGCUGUCAGAUGAACGAGUCCACGGAUGUUCUACAGCUGUUAGAACUGUCGAAACUCUGCGACAAUAAUAUCGAUUGCUACCAGGGUACGGACGAGCAACGUGACAGGUUAAAGUGCACAGACGACUGCACGAAGGAGGAUGGGUCUAGGUGUCUGAACGGCGUCUGUCUCGACUCUGUGUGCCAUUGUAACGAUGGUUUCGGCGGUUGCAAUUGUCAGGUGCCAGACGAGAACGAGUGCAAGUAUCGUCCCUGUGAUAUAUUCGCGCAUUGCACGAAUACCCUCGGUAGCUUCCAAUGUUCCUGUUUCCCCGGAUACCAAGGCGAUGGUUUCCACUGCGAAGAUAUAAACGAGUGCGAUAACCCGGUUUUCGCCGCGAGAUGCGUCGAGAACGCCGAGUGCUGUAAUCUACCGUCGAACUUCCUAUGCAAAUGUAAACCUGGUUACAUCGGCGACGGUGAGGUGCAUUGUGAAGACGUGAACGAGUGUGCUAUACCUGGUGCCUGUGGUGACAAUACCGUCUGCCAUAAUACUCCUGGAAAUUAUAGCUGUAGCUGUCAAGAUGGUUUCACGGGAGACCCGUACGAAAGUUGUAUCGAUAUCAACGAAUGCGAUUACGCGGGAACUUGCGGCCGAGGCGCGUUGUGCCUGAAUGUACCGGGUGGCCACAAGUGCGAAUGUCCCGAGGGCUAUAACGGCCAUCCUGAAGAAGAAUGUGUGGACAUCGACGAAUGCCUGCGCAGCCCUUGUGGUCGUUCAGCUCAGUGCACAAACGUGCACGGCAGUUUCCGCUGCUCUUGCCCGGAAGGAAUGAGCGGCGAUCCUUGGUUAGGCUGUCACGAUAUAAACGAGUGCGAGGAGGGCUCACCGUGCGGCACAGACGCUGAUUGCGUGAACACAGAGGGUAGUUUCGAGUGCAGAUGCCGGACCGGCUAUCAGAUGGACGAGACACACGGUUGCAUCGACGUGAACGAGUGCGGUCGAGCAGAUGCAUGCGCGGAGAACGCAAGAUGCAUCAACGUGCCCGGAUCGUACAAGUGCAUCUGCCCCCAGGGCUUCAUCGGGCAAGGACUAACAUUGUGCGAAAACGUGAACGAAUGCAAACGAAACCCUUGCGGCGAGAACGCUGAGUGCAGUGACACGAUCGGCAGCUUCGUAUGCAGUUGCAAGGCGGACUACACUGGGGACCCGUUUAAGGGAUGCAGCGAUAUUGACGAGUGCACAGCGUUGGAGAAUCCUUGCGGAAGAUACGCGAUUUGCAAGAACUCGGAUCCUGGAUACAACUGCCUCUGUCCACAGGGAUACAGUGCCAAUCCCAAUCCGACAGUCGCUUGUGAACAGACCGAUGUCACCACCCUUUGCAAAUCGAACUUCGACUGCGUGAACAAUGCUGAGUGCAUCGAAGGUCAAUGUUUCUGUAAGAAUGGAUUCAAGGCUGUAGGUUCUGAAUGUGUUGAUGUUGACGAGUGUCUGUCGAAUCCUUGUGGACCUGCGUCGAUUUGCAGCAACACUAGGGGAAGUUAUCAUUGUGAAUGCGAAUCUGGAUUCGUUGGAACUCCCCCGCACAUACCUUGCAAAGCACCCUGCGACGAAGUAACUUGCGGAGACCAUGCGUUCUGUAAAGCGGAUGGUCACGAAGCUUACUGCAUCUGCGAAGAUGGCUGGACCUUCAAUCCGAACGAUAUUGCCGCUGGUUGUGUUGACAUAAACGAAUGCGACGCGAUAAACGGUCCUUCCGGACGCUGUGGCAAAAAUGCGAUCUGUACGAACACUCUCGGCGGAUUCAGCUGCCAGUGUAAACUUGGAUUCUCUGGAAACGCUUUCAAACAAUGCAUGGACGUAGACGAGUGUGGCAGACAAGAUUCCUGUGGCCAUGGUGCCUCGUGCACGAACACCGAGGGUUCUUACUCCUGUACUUGCCCAGAGGGAACUAUACCAGAUCCUGAUCCUUACAUCAAAUGUGUCGGUAUAGUAACUUGCGAGGUAGACAGUGAUUGUCCUGGAAAUGCCAUUUGCGAUCCACAGAAACGCUGUCUAUGUCCUGAACCUAACGUCGGAAACGACUGCAGACAUCCUUGUGAAGACUUAUCUUGCGGACCAAACGCCCAGUGUAUGUUAUCCAACGACCUGGCAACGUGCCUCUGCCGCAAUGGUUACACAGGAAAGCCAGGUGUGAAAGGUGGAUGCAGGGACAUCGACGAAUGCGCGAUUAACCCGUGUCCUCCAGGUGCAAUCUGCAACAACGAACCAGGAUCCUUCUCUUGUCAGUGUCCUAGUGGCACCACAGGAGAUCCUUACAGCGGUGGUUGCCAAGAAUCGAAAGCUCCUCACGUGUGUGGACCAAGCACACCUUGUCCUGCUGGAGAACAGUGCAUCAAAGAUGAAUUCGUGGGAAGCAGCGUGUGUAUUUGUCAAAGAGGGUACACUAGAGAUCACGAGACUGGAAAGUGCAGAGACAUCAACGAGUGUAUGGAGCUCAGGGACAAGCCUGCCUGUGGAGUUAAUGCUAUUUGUAAAAAUCUGCCUGGAAGCUACGAAUGUCAGUGUCCACCAGGAUUUAAUGGAAAUCCUUUCUCUCUUUGUGAAGAAUGUAAUAGUAUCGAGUGUCAGUGUCAGCCUCCUUACAAGAUUGUCAAUGGAAAGUGCAUGUUGGCUGGAUGUUCCAAGGGAGAGAAGUGUCCAAGUGGAGCUGAGUGUAUCACAAUUGCUGGAGGAGUUAGCUAUUGUGCUUGUCCUAAAGGAUAUACUACCAAGACUGACGGUUCUUGCGAAGAUAUAAACGAGUGUAUCGUUGGACACCAAGUAUGUGGCUACGGAGCAGAGUGUCUAAAUCUACCUGGAUCUUAUCAAUGUGUCUGUCCACACGGUUACGGCGGAGAUCCAUACAACGGCCUCUGUUCUCCAGCUCAAAAGCGAUGCACAAGUGACAACGAGUGCAAGGCCAACGAGAAAUGCGUUCAACCUGGUGAAUGUGUCUGUCCUCCGCCAUUUUACACGGAUCCUCUCGAUGGAAACUUGUGCAAGAAUCCUUGCGACAGGUUCCCUUGUGGUAUCAACGCAAAAUGCACACCAAGUGAUCCACCAAGGUGCAUGUGCGAGGCAGGCUACGAAGGAGAUCCUCAGCACGGUUGCGUCGAUGUGAACGAAUGCUCGAACAAUCCCUGUGGACAUGGAGCUUACUGCAUUAACACCAAGGGUGAUCACAUUUGCGAGUGUCCAAAGGGAACAGUGGGAGAUCCUUACGGCGCAGGAUGCACCGGAGACGUCAUAGCGAAGAGCGAAUGCUCCUCUAACGACGAUUGCGACAAUAUCUUCGCCUGUGUCCAUGGAAGAUGCGUGAACCCUUGUGACAACAUUCCUUGCGGACCAAAUGCCUAUUGCGAGCCUGACAAGCAUGCAGCUUGGUGCAGAUGCGUCAUUGGAUUCGUCGAGGGCAAGAACAACGAAUGCGUUUCACAGUGCGAUGGCUUCGUCUGCGGCUCUGGAGCACAGUGCAUCGUGAGCUACAGUGGACCAACCUGCAAAUGCAUCGAAGGUUUCAUGGGAAAUCCGUUCCCCGGUGGUCAAUGUCAACCAGACGUCUGUUCUCCGGAUGUACCUUGCGCUGAACCAAGUGUGUGCAUAAGUGGAAGGUGUAAACGUCGUUGCGAGGGUAUAGUCUGUGGUGUUGGAGCCUCUUGCGAUCCAGCGACCAACAGAUGUGUCUGCAAUCCGUAUUUCAUUGGAAACCCUGACCUCCUUUGCAUGCCGCCGAUUAAUCCAGCCAUCUGUGAUCCUGGCUGCGGUGAAAACGCUCACUGCGAAUACACUUUACAAGAAUCGAAGUGUGUCUGCAAUCCUGGAACCACCGGAAAUCCCUAUCACGGCUGUGGUGUGCAACAGAAGUCUGACUGCUCCACUGCACUGUGUGGCAAGGAUGCACAUUGCAAUGCUGGUCCAAAUGCUGUGGAGUGCUUGUGUCCUCCUGGAUACGCUGGAAAUCCAUACAUCCAGUGUCAUGACGUCAACGAGUGCAACGGAAAUGCCUGCGGAAACAACGCAGUCUGCAUCAACACAAUAGGCAGCUACGACUGUCGCUGCAAGGAAGGCUUCUUCGGUAAUCCUUUCAUCGGCUGUCAGCAGGUCCACGUCGGUCCUUGCACCGAUCCUUCCACCUGCAGCUGCAGCGAGACCGUUCCUUGUCCCUUCGACUACAGUUGCAUCGGCGGCAAGUGCAUAAACCGCUGCAGCGACGUGAAAUGUGGUCCCAGAUCGGUCUGUCAAGAUGGUGCCUGUGUCUGUCCACCGGGAUACAGCGGCAACCCUAACGAUCUAACUAAAGGUUGUCAUCUUCACGGUCACUGUUCCAACGAUCUCGACUGCGAGCCUCAACAGAUCUGCUUCCAAGUUGGAAAAGGCGUGAGGAAGUGUGUAGACGCCUGCAGCAAGCUGCAGUGCGGUCCAAACGCGUUGUGUGUCCCUCAGAAUCAUGUUUCUUCUUGUAUCUGCAUCGACGGGUAUCAAGGAAACCCCAGUAAUCUGAUAGAAGGCUGUCAACCAACGAAAUCAGUGAUACAACCAGGAUGCACCCACGACUCUGACUGUCUGGAAGGUUCCUUCUGCAUCUCUCUGGACGGCGGUGCUCACGAGUGCGUGAAUCCGUGCAGCAAAGUGGUCUGCGGCGCCCAUCAGAAGUGCGUGCCUGACAUAAUACCUGGUCACGCGACUUGCAAGUGUCAAGACAGCUACGAAUGGAAUCCGAUACUCUCUUCCUGUGAAAAACCAUCCGUUCCUGAUUGCAUCUCGGACGACGAUUGUCACACCACCGAAGCUUGCAGACCGGAUCCUCUCGGUGUUCUUAAAUGUGUCUCCGUGUGCAGAAGCUUCACUUGUGCGAUGAAUUCCCAGUGUGUCGCUGAGAGGCAUAGAGGCCGUUGUGAGUGUCUACCAGGUUUCAGUGGUAAUCCGAAUGAUCGUCAGGGUUGUCAGACGCCUAGAAAGGACCAGUGUUCCACUGACAGCGAGUGUCCAGAGGAUCAGACCUGUAGAAGCACGGUAGAAGGUCGCUUGACUUGUCUACCGGUCUGCAAUUUCGUUUCCUGCGGACCGAAUGCACUUUGCGUGGUACACAAUCACGUAGCAAAUUGCGAAUGUCCUCCUGGUCUCUACGCCGGUGAUCCUAACGACGUGGUCAAGGGAUGUCGAGCAGUACCUUGCGUCUACAACAUCGACUGUCCACCUACUCAACUUUGCAACAGAUUGACACACACUUGUUACGACGCUUGCGACGAAAAUGCUUGCGGAGUGAACGCUGUCUGCAUAGCGGACGAUCACAGAGCGAUCUGUCAGUGUCCUCCAGGAUUGAGACCUAAUCCUGUGCCAGACGUUGAAUGCGUUGCAAUUGAAGCUUGCCAUCCGAGUCCCUGUCACGAGACAGCUCUCUGUGUUCCUGGACCAACGAAUAAUCCUGUCUGUCAGUGUCCGUCGAAUUUCGUCGGCGAUCCUUACGAGAAAGGCUGUCAGCCCGAAGGAUACUGCGCAAGUGCCAAGGACUGUCCGGUGCAUUCUCUUUGCCACAAUCAUCGUUGCAUCAAUCCUUGUGAAAAUGCCUGCGGAGCUAAUUCCAUCUGCGAGAUUAUCAACGGGCAACCCACUUGCAAGUGUAUUCACAGGUUUAUACCAUCUUCGAAGGGUCCUCAGGACGGAUGUGUUCGAGCUACGAAUUACUGCAGCGUUGAUACUGAUUGCGACGAGAGCGUCUGCCUCGAAGGACAAUGCAUAGCUGUCUGUCGAGCUUCUACCGAUUGCUCCGCUGUAGAGAAGUGUGUGGACAAUAAAUGCUUGAUUCCUUGCGUCACUCACACUCAGUGUCAAACUGAUCAGGCUUGUGUCAAUGGAGUGUGCAUUCUGGGUUGCAGGAGCAAUAAGAAUUGCCCUUCGACGGAGUCUUGCAUUAACAACAAGUGUCAAGAUCCUUGCAAGAGGAAAGAUGUCUGCGGUCCAAACGCAAUUUGCAGCUGCAGCAAUCACGCCACAACUUGUACCUGUCCUCUCGGCUUCCACGGGAAUCCCACGCCUCAACAAGGCUGCGUCAGAGUGCCAAGUAUCUGCGAGGGUCCUCAAGAUUGUCCCAGUCAACACGUCUGCGUCUCUGGCUUCUGUCAGUGUCAGUGCAGCGAGCAGAACAACUGUGCCAAUGGAGAACGUUGCAAGAAUGGUAUCUGCGUGAAAGUGUGCUACAGUGAUAGCAAUUGUCUGCCUGGUGAGCUGUGCAUCGAUGGAAUGUGUGAAGUGGGAUGUACGUCUGAUGCUGGAUGCAAGGAUAACGAAGUUUGUAUCAACAACAAGUGCAAAUGCAGUCACGGAUUUGUCGCUGGACCAGAACAUUGUUUAGAUAUUAACGAGUGUGACGAUCAACCUUGUCACACGAGCGCAGAGUGCGUCAAUCUCGUUGGAUCUUAUCGUUGCGUCUGUCCACAAGGAACAGCUGGCGAUCCUUUGGGAUCAGGAUGCGUAAUUCCUCAUCAAUGCACUUUGCAUUCGGAUUGUCCAGACUCUCAGGCUUGCAUACAACACAACUGCACCGAUCCUUGUUCCUUGGUGGACUGUGGAUUGAACACUGUUUGCUCUGUUCUGGAUCACACAGCUGCUUGUCAAUGUCAGCCUGGUUAUAUCGGUGAUUCUUCAGGAUGCUUCAAAGUGGAGUGUCUAUCUAACAAUGAUUGCCCCACGGACAAGUAUUGCAAUCAGGAUACCAACAAGUGCAGCAGUCCUUGCAACCAAGUCAACUGUGGAUACGGAAAUUGCGUAGCUUCUGAUCACACUGGAGUGUGCAAAUGCUUCCCUGGAUUCGAGUUAGUGGGUGAUAUCUGUGUGGAUGUUAACGAGUGUCACGAGAAUCCUUGUCACUCCUCUGCAGUGUGUCAAAAUACGGAAGGAUCUUAUGCUUGCGUUUGUCCUCACGGUCUCGUGGGAGAUCCUUUCAAAUCCGGCUGCAAACAACCAGGAGACUGCUUCACAGACUUCGACUGUCCAAAUUCUGCAGCUUGUCUCGACAAUAGGUGCACGAAUCCUUGUGACGUGUCACAGGUUUGUGGUAGAAACGCGGAGUGCUUCGUUAGAGAUCAUGUUUCUCUCUGUAGGUGUCCUGGACAGACCACUGGCAAUCCAGCAUCGGAGUGUAUUCACUUGGAGUGUAACUAUCACAGCGACUGUAGUCCUUCUGACGCAUGCUUCAAUCACAAAUGCGUCGAUCCUUGCUCCCUUUCGAACGUCUGUGGCCAAGGAGCAGAUUGCUCUCCUUUGAAUCACAGUGCAGUGUGUACUUGUCAACCUGGAGGAACAGGUGAUCCUAAUUUAGGCUGUACACCUGUUCAGUACUGUAAAUCUGACUCACAGUGCGCUACUGGAUCUGCUUGUAACGGAGGAAUAUGCACAGCACUUUGUGGCAGCACUAGAGACUGCAUAGGCGACCAACUUUGCAUUAACGGACUUUGUCAACCUACUUGCAAGAGCAAUUCCAGCUGUCCCGAGUACCAAUACUGUCACAACAACAUCUGCGUACAAGAACUACGUUGCACCUCUGACGACGAUUGCUCUUACGACGAGAAAUGCAUUAAGAACAACAUCGGGCAAGCAGAGUGUCACAAAUCUUGCGAUUUGGUCCUCUGUGGGCGCAACACUGAGUGCAGAGCUGACAAUCACCUCGCAGUUUGCUCCUGCAAAGGCGGAUUCUUUGGAAAUCCAAAGGAUGAUAAGAUUGGCUGUCAACCUAUCGAGUGUCACACUAACGACGAUUGCAGCGGAGAGAAGAUCUGUGAUACACACAAAUGUAGAAUCGCUUGUCUGGCUCACAAUCCUUGCGGUGUUAACGCCAUUUGCACAGCAGAGAGGCACGUUUGUACGUGUCAACCAGGCUACACUGGAGAACCAACACACGGUUGUCAGCAAAUCGAUUUCUGUCUGGACGAACCAUGCGCUCCAGGUGCUGUCUGCGAGAAUUCCCGAGGAAGUUUCAAGUGUCACUGUCGAAAAGGAAUGGUCGGUGAUGCUUACAACAGCGGCUGUCAACCACCUGUGGAGUGCCUCCACGACGACGACUGUCCACAGACUGCCAAGUGUAUAAACGUCAACAACGUUCCUAAAUGUUUCGAUGUCUGCUCGAGAACGCAAUGUGGACCAAACGCAGACUGCUUAGCUGCUAAUCACGCGGGAGCCUGUCAGUGUCGGUCUGAUUACGAAGGAGAUCCAAACAAUUUAAGUAUAGGCUGUCGGCCUAAACCGGUUAUUUGUUCGUCAGCAACGGACUGCUCGCCGAAUACCUACUGUUACGAGGGAAUCUGUCGACCGUCCUGCCAAUCGGACGAAGAAUGCAACCUGUCGGACGUGUGUCUGAAUGGACAAUGCCUGGAUCCUUGCAACGUGAGGGCCGCGUGCGGAAUAAACGCGGAGUGCGACGUGAGGAGUCACAUUAAACAGUGCAGCUGCCCGCCUGGCUUCACCGGAAACUCGGAAGUGGAAUGCGUGAGGCUGCCCGUCUCCUGCAGAGACACGAACGACUGCAACGACGGUAACACCUGCCGCGACAAUGUCUGCCUACCAAUCUGCUCCAGCGACAAUGAGUGCGCUUUCAACGAGAAAUGCGUCCGUGAGAAUUGCCUGCUCACGUGCAGACUCGACAACGAUUGUUUCCUCGGCCACAUCUGUCUGAACAACAUGUGCACGUUUGGCUGUCGCGCAGACGAGGACUGUAACGCGAACGAGGCUUGUAUCACGAACAAAUGCAUCAAUCCUUGCGAAGCAACUCCCUGCGGACCAAACGCCAAAUGCACAGUAUUCAAUCAAAGAGCCACUUGCUCCUGUCCAGCAAGCUUCAUACCUAAUCCAACGGCUAAAGUAGCCUGUCUAAGAUCACCUGGGCCAGCUUGUCAAGCUAACAGAGACUGUGCAACAGGAACAGCUUGCAUCGGAGGAGUUUGCACUCCAGUCUGCUCCACAGACUUAAAUUGCCUCAGUAACGAACGCUGCGAUUCUUCUGGUAUUUGCAAAUCACUGUGCAGAAGGGACGAAGAUUGCAGAAGCGGAGAAAUCUGCGAAGGUCUGGUCUGCGUGAUUGGAUGCAGAGCUGACGUCGAAUGCCAGGAAAAUUCUGCCUGUAUAAAUAACCAGUGUCAAGAUCCGUGUUCUCUUCCUGAUGCCUGCGGAGUGAACGCCAAGUGCACGGUUGUGAAUCAUCGGAAAUUGUGCGGCUGUCCAACGCCAUUAGUCGGGGACCCUCUAAUUGGCUGCAAACAGGCGUUCCUACCUUGCACCACGGAACUGGAAUGCGCAACUGGUCAGACUUGUUACGGGAGAUCCUGUUACGCCACGUGUAGGAGCGAUGCUAAUUGCCUGAGCGACGAACGGUGCGACGGCGGCAUAUGCAAGGCUAUAUGCAACAGCGACGAUCACUGCGUGGCGAAUCAGAUUUGCCAGAACAGGCUAUGCGAUAUUGGAUGUCGCAGCGAUAACACCUGUCCCAAUGACGAGUCUUGCGUGAAUAACGAGUGCAGGAAUCCUUGCGAGGGCGGAAAAGCUUGCGGAGAAUGCGCAGGAUGUCGCGUGGUAAAUCACGUGGCACAGUGUAGCUGUCCAGCUAAUUACUAUGGAAAUGCAUUGAGUAGUUGUGCUAAGUCUAUGAUACCUUGCGAUGGUACCUGUGAAUGCGACGAGAUUGGAUUCUGUACUAAGAGCUGUUUCGGUCAAGAUCAGUGCUCCUGUGGGGAAGUUUGUCAUUCGGGAAAAUGUCGCAUCAAGUGUGACAUUAAUAACUAUUGUCCAAAGGGCUACGUUUGCGACGGAGGACUCUGUCUAAUCGGCUGUCGCACCCAUUCCGACUGUCCUUCCUCUUUAUCCUGCGUGAGCGGCCAAUGCGAGGAUCCAUGCUCAGCUAAUGGAUCUCCCUGCGGAAUCAACGCUUUAUGCAGAGUUUCCAACCACAGAGCUGUGUGUCUCUGUCCAGAAGGAUUCCAAGGAGAGCCUAGUCAAGAGUGCUACCAAUUAGAGUGUCAUCGAGACGAUGAUUGCGAGGCUAACAAACGCUGCAGCGAAGACGGUGUCUGUACGAAUCCUUGCCUCCAACAUGGUGUCUGUGGAUUCAAUGCACAGUGCAGAGUGGUUAGCAGGAAGGCUCAGUGCUCUUGUCCGCCUGGACAUUAUGGCAAUCCUAAGAUCAACUGCAAGAAAGGAGGAGACGAAUGUCUGAGAAGACCCUGCGGAGUGAACGCGAAAUGCAGAGAAACUUUGAACGGCUUCGAGUGCACCUGUGAUCCAGGAUGUCACGGAGAUCCACAUCAGGUCUGUAUCUGCGACGGAGGAGAGCUGUGCAAGGACACGCGUUGCGGAGUGAACGCUGCCUGCAGGAUCUACAAGAACCAGCCACAAUGUUACUGUCCAUCGAAUUAUCCUUCUGGCGAUCCAACGAGUGCCUGUAGCGCGGACAAGAGCCUAGGCGACUGUCGCACUAAUGGCUGCGGCAAAGGUGCAGAGUGCAUCCGCGACGGCGCGAUAUUCGUGUGCAGGUGUCCACCUGGUACCAGCGGUUCGCCGGAUAUCGAGUGCACCACAGAACGCGAAUGCACCAGUGACCUAGAGUGCCCCAAUGAAAAAGCCUGCAUAAACCUGCAAUGCGUGGAUCCGUGCGGUCUUCGCGGUGCCUGCGGGAUGAACGCGCUGUGCCGUGUGGUUCUGCACAAGCCCCGUUGCUCCUGUCCACAGUGCUAUAUCGGCAUGCCUCACACGGCCUGUCAUCCAGAUCCUAAAUGUGAAACAAUGAAUCCAAAACCUACACCGAACAUCGGUUGCUCCUCUGAACGCGAUUGUCCAGAGAGUUUGGCGUGUCACACGCUUACAGGCGAGUGUCGCGAUCCAUGCCUCGGUUCUCAGUACACGUGCGAGGUGAACAAGAGAUGCCAGGUGCGGAACCACAGGCCUAUGUGCGUGUGCAAGUACGGGUUCGUGGUGAAUGAGAUUGGUGAAUUGACCUGUGCACCCGACACACUGACGUGCACCAGAGAUUUCGAUUGUCCGUCGAAUGCUGCAUGCGUGAACGGGAAAUGCCAGAACCCGUGCAACGUACGUAAGAAACGGCCAUGCCCCACGGACAAAACCUGCGACGUCCUGGACCACCGUCCUGUAUGCAUAUGCACACAAAACUGCAAUCCCUCCCUCUCCAUUUGCCUGCGAGACAGUGGCUGCUCUCCAGACUUGGCGUGCCGCAACUAUCGCUGCGUGGACCCAUGCAGAAACUCCACCUGUCCGGCUGAUGCCCCCUGUUACGUGGAGGAGCACAAGCCUAUCUGCAAGUUCUGUCCCCCCGGCUUUGUGCCAGAUACUAAAUACGGAUGCAUGAAAGCAGUUCACAGCAACACGACCGAUCGUUUCUGCGUGUCUCACGACGACUGCAGCGACACGGACGCGUGUGUCGACGGAUCCUGCGUAGAUCCUUGCGUCGACCACUGUCGAUCGACAAUUCGAUGUCGGGUUAAAGCACACAGGCCUCUUUGCGACUGCGAUCAACACGAUUACACAUGCACAGACACCACUGCAACGCAGACUACGUUCUCUACUUUCGAUUAUUCGACGUCAAAUGUCGAUGAGACAACGACAGUUUCGAGUAGUACAGAAUUUGAUGCUAGUACUGUGGGAUAUACUUCCUUCGCUGUUAACGAGAACGAAAGUACAACAAUUUCGUACGAAACUACUGAAUCCACUAGUGAGACUUCUAAGACUUCUUUCAUGGAAGAAAGUACUUCUGUGACUUCCUCUUUGGCUAAGACGACAGUAGGCUACCCUUUCGAUAUUUCUACGAUGGUAUCGACGAGUACCGAGAGUGUAGAGAAUACCACUGUUAACGAUACAGAUACUACUGUGGGUUUCUCAGAGGUUCCUACUGUUAAAGAUAUUUCUGUGGAGAGUACAGAGACUGUUCCAACGGUGAGAGAUAUUGAUUUUACUACUGAGGGGUUUUCUAAGACGACUACUGUGCUUUACAACGAGAGUACAGGACAGAGUCUGACUACAGAAGUUUCUACUACUGGAGAAGCGACUAUGAGUAGCGAAGUAACUGAUAAGGUUCAGAUAGUGACUCCUGUUGUGUAUGUUCAUUCUACUGAGAGUAGUUUCACAGGGGAAGUUGUUACGGUAACUCCUACAUAUGUAGGUGAAUAUACUACGCAAGCACCGGAAGUUACUGAAUCGACGACUACGUCUAGCGAAAGGAGUACGACUGAGAUUGUUUCCUUUGGAGAAAAUUCUACUAAAGGGCAAUUGACUACUGAGAAUUUGAAUUUAGAGACGACUGAAGGUGUUACGUUGAUUACUGUGACGGCUCAGUAUCCUUUAGACAAGGAAACAACGACUGAAGGUGUCCAAACGACUAAAGAGUAUUCUAGAGAACCAUUUUCGACGACUGAACAGUUGCAAACAACCACACAGUACUACACAGAAUCUUCAACAAGAAAGAAUUUUACAGAACAACCUUUAACUACUGCACAAUAUUCGACAGAACAAUCUCCAACGAUUGGAGAGUAUUCGACUGAGAUGCUUUCAACAACCACGCAAUAUUUAACAGAACAACCAUCAACUAUUAAACAGUAUUCGACAGAGCAAUCGUUAACAACCGCACAGUAUUCAACAGAACAACCUUUAUCGACUAUACAGUAUUCCACAGAACAACCUUCAACAACAACACAAUAUUUCACAGAGAAACCUUCAACAACCACACAAUAUUUAACAGAGAAACCUUUAACAACAACGGAACAUUUAACAGAACAACUUUCAACAACCACACAGUAUUUAACAGAGAAACCUUCAAUAACCACACAAUACUUAACAGAACAACCUGCUACAACCAUAGAGUAUUCAACAGAACAACCUUCAACAACCAUUCAAUUUUCAACAGAACAACCUUCAACAACCACACAAUAUUUAACAGAGAAACCCUCAACAACCAUACAAUAUUUAACAGAACAACCUGUAACAACCAUAGAGUAUUCAACAGAACAACCUUCAACAACCAUUCAAUUUUCAACAGAACAACCUUCAACAACCACACAAUAUUUAAUAGAGAAACCUUCAACAACCAUACAGUAUUCAACAGAACAACCUUCAACAACCAUACAGUAUUCAACAGAACAACCUCCAACAACCACACAAUAUUCAACCGAGCAACCUUCAACAACAACAGAAUAUAUAACAGAACAACAUGAAACAACCGAACCAUACUCCACGGAACAAGCAACCACCGAAUUCCAACCCACUCAAACAACUCUCAUAUAUACCACAGGAUACACACCUUGCAUUGAAACAACAGCCGCAUCCGAAUGUAAAGUCUGUAUAAAUGGUACAUGUCGGCCCGUGUGCUUCAACCUAACGGUGAACCAGAGUACGCCUAAUUGUAGCAUACUCUCAGAUACCAAAUGCAAAACGCACGACGACUGUCUCUCCCAACUGGCCUGCAUAAACCAACAAUGUCUGAACCCGUGCACUGUCCAUAAUCCGUGUGACUUCGUGGAAGUUUGCCAUGUUCAAGAUCACAGACCAGUUUGCGUGAAAGACGUAGCGAACGACACAAACUGUCCGUACUGUCCACCUGGCAUGGAGUGUGAUCCAGCGACGUAUACUUGCGUGAAAGCGGGUUGCACUAGCCACAAAGAUUGCCCGCUGACAGAGGCGUGCAUUGAGGGCACUUGUCAGGAACCCUGUCUGGUUUGGAAUCCUUGCGCGAAAAACGCGAUCUGCGUUAACACCAACCACGGAGCGGAUUGUAGCUGCGAGGACGGUUAUCAUGGAAACGGUUUCUCCUACUGUGCACUAGAUGACGAGGGGAAGAACGUGUGUCAGUACAACGAGGAUUGUCCGCCGUCUAAAUACUGCGACCGUCUGAACAGAAAUUGCAUCGAUCCUUGCCUGGAGGCAGACUGCGGUGCCAACGCGAAUUGUUAUCCAGAGCACCAUCAAGCACAGUGCAAGUGUCUUCCUGGAUUCCAAGGGAAUCCUCAGAUUGGCUGCACUCAGGGAACCACGGAUCCAUGCGUUCCAAAUCCUUGCGGAUUGGACGCGAUGUGCGAGAACGAUAACGGCAAUCCGAUAUGCUUCUGUCCGAAAGGAUUGACUGGCAAUCCGUUCGAACAGUGCAUACUAGAGGGAGAUCUAUGCCAAGGCAAUCCUUGCGGUAGCAAUUCCGGUUGUCGAGUGGUGUCAGGACAAGUGACUUGCUUCUGUCUGCCUGGAUACGAAGGAAAUCCUCCACACUCUCUUUGCUCGCUUCCCAGCAACUCUUGCGAGCCAUCGCCAUGUGGACCGAACACACAGUGCUCUGUUCUAAGCAAUGGUCUUUCGAAGUGUACUUGCUUACCAGGUUACAUCGAGAGUCCAAACACGAUUAGAGGAUGUGUACCUAAGUCUGACCAGUGUAGCCCUAAUCCUUGUGGACUGGGAGCUACUUGCGACUCGGAGAGAGUGCCUCCUUGCUACUGUCCUGAGCACACUGUGGGAAAUCCUUAUCAGAGUUGUGCAGCUCCACCACCUAAUGUCUACGAUCCUUGUCUACUUAUACCCUGUGGAAAGAACGCAAUCUGUGUCGCAGACGAUGGCAUAGCGAGAUGCAAAUGUGUUCCACCGUUUAUUGGAAAUCCGUACAUGGAUGGUUGCGAAGCAGAGUGCAUAGUGAACCAGGAUUGCGAGAGUAACUUAGCAUGCUUCAAUCAGCACUGCAGAGAUCCUUGUCCAGGUGUCUGCGGUGCAAACGCGAGGUGUGAAGUGGUAGAACAUGUUCCUGUCUGCUCUUGCCUGCCUGGGUACACCGGAGAUCCGUUUGGAUCUUGCAAAAUCGAGAAAUCUCCUCUUCCACCUCAGAAUCCUUGCAUGCCGUCUCCCUGCGGCCCACACAGCAUCUGUCGCGUGAUGAACGAACGUGCAGUCUGCUCUUGCAGCCCAGGAUACCACGGAACACCGCCAUCUUGUCGGCCAGAGUGUCUCGUCAGCUCAGAAUGUCCUGCACACUUGGCUUGUAUCGGUCAAAAGUGUGGAGAUCCUUGUCCCGGUCUCUGUGGACAAAAUGCUUUAUGCCAGGUCGUCAAUCACAAUCCUAUCUGCAGUUGUCCUCCGGAUUAUCUCGGUGAUCCUUUCACACAAUGCGUUAAAGAAGAUAUACCACUGCCAGGACCAAAGAAUCCUUGUCUGCCGUCUCCUUGCGGUCCAAACGCAGACUGUCGCGUGCAAAAGGAUCAUCCUGUCUGCACCUGUAUCAGCGGAAUGUUUGGAGCGCCACCGAAUUGCAGACCAGAGUGUCUCAUCCAUCAAGACUGUCAAAAUUACCUAGCUUGUGUUCAGAAGAAGUGUGUCGAUCCAUGUGCCGGAUCCUGCGGGUUGAAUACUAAUUGCACCGUGCAGAAUCAUCGACCAAUGUGUCAGUGCUACCAGGGCUACGAAGGAGAUCCUUUCUCUGGAUGUAGCAAAGUUUCUUUCCCAGCAUCACUGCCCUGCGAUCCAUCGCCAUGCGGUGCAAACGCGAUCUGCAAAGAAAGAAAUGGCGCAGGUUCUUGUACCUGUCUUCCUGACUACACGGGAGAUCCUUACGAAGGAUGUAGACCAGAAUGUGUUCAAAAUUCCGACUGUGUUCACACGAAGGCUUGCAUAAACAAUAAAUGCAAGGAUCCUUGCGUGGGUGUUUGUGGUAUAAAUGCUCAGUGCCAAGUGAUCAAUCAUCAACCCUCUUGUAACUGUCUUUCUGGUUACACUGGAGAUCCACUGAGAUCUUGCCACAUAUCGCCUGUAACACCACUGCCAGGUGAUCCUUGUCAACCAUCGCCCUGUGGUCCAUACAGUAAUUGUCGUGUGAUCGAUAACCAUGCAGUCUGUUCUUGUCAACCAGACUACGUUGGUAGUCCUCCACAGUGUCGUCCUGAGUGUGUGGUUAGCACAGACUGCACUCAGAACACAGCUUGUAUAGAUCAGAGGUGUAGAGAUCCAUGUCCAGGAACUUGUGGACUGAAUGCUAAUUGUCAGGUUAUCAAUCAUAAUCCAGUGUGCACUUGUACGUCUGGAUACACUGGUGAUCCAUUCUUCGGAUGCGGAAAACAGCCUGGACCAGAACCAAGUGGAAAUCCAUGUAUUCCAUCACCUUGCGGACCGAAUUCUCAGUGUCGUAUGAUAGACGGUUUCCCUGCUUGCUCUUGUCUACCGAAUUACGUGGGCAGAGCACCUAAUUGUCGCCCAGAGUGUGUUAUUAACGAUGGGUGUCCUGGAAAUCUCGCUUGCCAGAACGAACAGUGCGUGGAUCCUUGUCCGGGAUCUUGUGGAGUGAAUACUUAUUGCAAUGUGGUGAAGCAUAAUCCAGUUUGUAUCUGUAAUACUGGGUUCACUGGGGAUCCGUUCACAGAAUGUUCGCCUAUAUUGGAAGAGCCCACUACAACCGAGCAACCUCGAACACCAUGCAAUCCAUCACCCUGCGGAGCGAACGCGAUCUGCAACGAGCGCAAUGGCGUUGGAUCCUGCACCUGCCUCCCAGAAUACAUCGGCGAUCCAUAUACAGGUUGUCGCCCAGAAUGCGUCACGAACACCGAUUGCGAUCGCAGCAAGGCCUGUCUGAACAACAAAUGCGUGAAUCCUUGCCCCGGUACCUGUGGUCAAGGAGCAACCUGUCGAGUAAUCAACCAUGCUCCAUCCUGCUCCUGUCUCCCAGGAUUCACAGGGGAUCCCUUCAACGCUUGCACGGGAAUUGAAGUAACACCAGAACCGUUACCAGUGAAUCCUUGCGAACCAUCACCUUGUGGACCAAACAGCAAUUGCAGAGUGCACAAUGGACACGCUGUGUGUCUCUGUCAACCAGGAUUCGUUGGAGUGCCUCCAACCUGUCGUCCAGAGUGCAUAGUCAGCUCUGAAUGUCCUCAGACCAAGGCUUGCAUCGACAACAAAUGCGCUGACCCUUGCCCAGGCUCUUGUGGACUGAACACGAAAUGUCUAACUGUGAACCACAAUCCCAUCUGCACUUGUACCUCUGGUUACACUGGUAAUCCAUUGCUUCAGUGUACAAGGUUCAACAUAUCGCAACCGCCAUUCAAGGACGUUGGAAACCCUUGCUCUCCCAAUCCUUGUGGACCCAACUCUCAGUGCAGAGUGAUCGGUUCUCAGCCUGCUUGUUCCUGUCUGUUGAACUUCAUCGGACGUCCGCCAAAUUGUAGACCAGAGUGCGUUGAUAGCUCAGACUGUUUCCAUUCUGCGGCCUGUGUGAAUCAGAGAUGCAAGAAUCCUUGUCCUGGAGCCUGUGGUGAGAUGGCCAGGUGCUCUGUUCAGAAUCACGUGCCUAUUUGCACCUGUCCUGAGGGGUACGAGGGCGAUGCUAGCGUUCGAUGUGUCUUGGCUCCACCUCCAACAACGGAUAUAAGCGUGACGAAUCCAUGUUCGCCAAAUCCAUGCGGUCCAAACGCUCAGUGUCGCGAGAGAAAUGGCGCCGGAGCUUGUGCAUGUCCACCAGACCUCAUUGGCGAUCCUUACGACAAUGAGAAAGGAUGUCACAGAGAGUGUGAAUCGAACAACGACUGUGCUCCACAACUGGCUUGCGUUGGAUUCAAGUGUUCAGAUCCUUGUCCAAGUACUUGUGGUACGUUAUCCAUCUGCAAGGUUCACCAGCACGUUCCUGUGUGCACCUGUCCACCUGGAUACACCGGAGAUCCAUACUUCGCUUGCGAGAUCAGAGAAAUGACGAGAGUGCCUCCGUUGGAUCCAUGCUCACCGUCGCCUUGUGGACCAAACAGCAAGUGUCGCGAAGUGAAUGGUCAGGCAGUUUGCACCUGUCUUCCAGAAUACAGAGGAAUUCCACCAAGUUGUAGACCAGAGUGUGUGGUGAACGCCGAGUGUCCAGCUCAUUUGGCCUGUCUGAAUAAGAAAUGUGCUGAUCCUUGUCCUAACACUUGUGGAUUGAGGGCUCAGUGUACUACCAAGAAUCAUAAUCCUAUUUGUACCUGUCCUGUUGGAUUCACCGGCGAUCCUUUCACUCAGUGCUCUCUUCUUGUUCUCGAUGUUCCUUCGACCACUGAACGACCACCAUCAUGCACACCAUCGCCCUGUGGCCCUAAUUCUCUCUGUCAGAUCAUUUCUGGAAACCCAGCUUGCUCCUGCCUUCCAAAUUAUAUCGGUGUUCCUCCAGAAUGCAGACCAGAGUGUAUUCUGAGUUCAGAGUGCAAGAGUCAUCUAGCAUGCGUGAAUCAGAAGUGUCAGGAUCCUUGUCCAGGCUCCUGUGGAGUCAAUGCUCAGUGUCACGUGCUGAAUCACAUACCUGUUUGCACCUGUAUGGAAGGAUUCACCGGAGAUCCUUUCACUCAGUGCAUAGUGAUUCCUCCGACUACUUUGCCACCUGUGAGCGAUCCAUGCAGUCCAUCGCUUUGUGGACCGAACGCAAUUUGCAGAAACGGUGACUGCGAGUGUCUACCUGAAUACCUUGGCAAUCCUUACGAAGCUUGUCGACCAGAGUGCAUCCUCAACUCAGAAUGUGCUCGUGACAAGACUUGCUUGAGGAACAAGUGCAAGGAUCCUUGUCCUGGAACUUGUGGACAAAAUGCGGUGUGCGAUGUCGUGAAUCACAUUCCUGUUUGCUCUUGUCUGCCUGGUUAUGUGGGAGAUCCAUUCGUCAGCUGUCGUAUUCAACCACAAAGUAAGUACCCUCAGAGACUAGAAUCUUUAAAUCCAUGCUCCCCUGUAUCACCCUGUGGACCAAACAGCCAGUGUCGUAACAUCGAAGACCACGCAGUGUGUUCUUGUCUUCAAGGAUACCUUGGUUCUCCACCAUCCUGCAGACCAGAGUGUGUUGUCAGCUCAGAGUGUCCUCCAACUCGUGCUUGCGUGAACAAGAAAUGCACAGAUCCUUGUUUAGGCUCUUGUGGCUUGAAUGCUAGAUGUGAGGUGAUCAAUCACUCGCCAAUUUGCAGCUGCCUUCCUGGACAGACUGGAGAUCCUUUCAAGAGCUGCUACGACAUCUCAGUUCCACCAGAUGUCAAAGAUACAGGAGAUCCCUGCAUCCCUUCACCUUGUGGACCAAACGCUCAGUGCCAGAACGCCAAUGGCUAUCCAUCUUGCUCUUGUCUACCUUCUUACAUCGGAACUCCACCAUCCUGUCGUCCAGAGUGUCUGAUCAACCCUGACUGUCCAUCAGACAAGGCCUGCGUAAAUUCAAAGUGCACGGAUCCUUGUCCAGGCUCUUGUGCAGAGAACGCCAAGUGUCUCGUUGUCAAUCAUGCAGUCACUUGCUCUUGUACGUCGGGAUACACAGGAAAUCCAUUCGUCCAGUGCAUCGUCUUAGAAGAAGAAGCCAUCAAUCCAUGUGAACCUUCACCAUGUGGUCCAAACGCCAUCUGUCAACAACGUGACAACGUCGGUGCUUGCAUUUGCAUCGACGAUUACCACGGAAAUCCUUACGAAGGCUGUCAACCAGAGUGCAUUCUCAGCUCAGACUGUCCAACGAACAAAGCAUGCGUUCGCAACAAGUGCGAAGAUCCUUGUCCAGGAAUAUGUGGCAUUCAGGCUCAGUGCUCUGUGAUCAAUCAUAUUCCUACUUGUACUUGUCAACCUGGAUACGUUGGAGAUCCUUUCAGUAUUUGCACUAUGCCAAUCAGUUCAGAGACAGAGCCUAGCGUGAUCGAUCCUUGCAGUCCAUCUCCAUGUGGACCUAACAGUCUGUGCAGAGCAGUGAAGGAGCAAGCUGUGUGCACCUGUCAGGAGUCUUUCGUUGGUUCACCACCUAACUGCAAGCCUGAGUGUGUCGUGAACUCGGAGUGUCCUCAGAACAGAGCCUGUUACAAAUACAAAUGCACCGAUCCUUGUCCUGGAACUUGCGGAGUGGGAGGCAAUUGCAGAGUGAUCAAUCAUAAUCCACUGUGCAGCUGUCCUCAGGGUACCACUGGAGAUCCUUUCUCCAGGUGCUAUCCUCAGACAAUCACACCAUUGCCACCAGUGGGAGAUCCUUGCAGCCCAAGUCCAUGUGGCCUGUAUGCAGAGUGCAGAGCAAUCGGCGAUCAAGCUGCUUGCUCAUGUUUGAAGAACUACAUAGGACUUCCACCAAACUGUCGUCCGGAGUGUGUUGUGAACACAGACUGUGCAUCCAAUCAAGCCUGCAUCUCAGAGAAAUGCAGAGAUCCUUGUGUUGGAUCCUGCGGACAGAAUGCUGACUGCAGGGUGCAGAAUCACAUUCCUGUUUGCUUGUGUCAAGCAGGCUACACUGGUGAUCCUUUCACACUGUGUUCUCCAGAACAACCAAAGACACCCGAAGAUCUAUGCAAUCCAUCACCUUGUGGACCGAACGCAGAGUGUAACGAAGGAAUUUGCUCUUGUCUACCGAACUACCUUGGCGAUCCUUAUUCGUACUGUCGUCCAGAGUGCACCAUGAACUCAGACUGUUCUCGAGUGAAGGCUUGCGUGAAUCAAUACUGCGUGGAUCCUUGCGUGGGCACUUGUGGAACGAGUGCAAGGUGUGACGUGGUUAAUCAUAUUCCCAUGUGCAGUUGUCCUGCUGGUACCACUGGAGAUCCAUUUACACUCUGCAGACCACAUCCAAGGAAACAACCAUGUACACCAUCUCCAUGUGGAGCAAACAGCCUCUGCAAAGUGGUUAACGAUCAUGCAGUCUGUUCUUGCCAAGCAGGAUUCAUUGGUAGUCCUCCAGCUUGCAGACCAGAGUGUGUAGUGAGUGCAGAGUGUCCUCUAACUCAGGCGUGUCUUAAUAACAAGUGUCAGGAUCCUUGUCCAGGCACUUGUGGUCAGAAUUCCAAGUGUCAAGUGGUCAAUCACAAUCCUAUAUGCAGCUGUUAUGAUGGUCACACCGGCGAUCCUUUUACCAGGUGUUUCCCCAUGCCCAAGCAACCACCAGUGCCAACGAACCCGUGCCAACCGUCUCCCUGUGGACCGAACGCAGAGUGUCAAGUGCGUGGCGACAGUCCAGCUUGUUCGUGCAUCGAGAAUUACAUCGGUGUUCCGCCAAAUUGCAGACCGGAGUGUACGAUCAAUCCUGAGUGUCCUCCUCAUUUAGCGUGUAUGCAACAAAAGUGUCGCGAUCCUUGUGUCGGUUUGUGCGGUCUAAAUGGUCAGUGUUCAGUGGUGAAUCAUCACGCCGUGUGUGCUUGUGCCGAAGGUUUCACCGGAAAUCCUUUCAGCGUCUGUGAGCCGAUCGCCAAGGAUACACCCGUAGACGUUAGACAACCAUGCGAGCCUUCCCCGUGCGGUACCAAUGCGCUCUGUCGCGAGAGUAACGGAGUCGGUUCCUGUUCCUGUCUGCCAGACUACAUAGGUGACCCGUACGAAGGAUGCAGACCGGAAUGUACACAAAAUUCCGAUUGCUCCAAGACGAUGGCAUGUGUGGGUUUGAAAUGCAGAGACCCUUGUCCAGGAACCUGUGGAAUGCAAGCCCGUUGUGAAACGAUCAAUCACGUACCAGUCUGUUCUUGUAACACUGGCUACACUGGCAAUCCGUUCACAUACUGUUCCCUGGUCACUUUCACCCCUAUACCCAUAGAGUCAGACCCGUGUAGUCCCUCCCCGUGUGGACCGAACAGUCAAUGUAGAAGCAUCAAUGAUCAUGCUGUGUGCACCUGCUUGGCGAACUUCAUCGGAACCCCGCCAAACUGUCGACCAGAGUGUGUGGUGAACAGCGAGUGCUCGAGGGAACUCGCUUGUAUUAACCAGAAGUGUACCACACCGUGUGUGAACUCGUGUGGUAUCAACACACAGUGCAAGGUGAUCAACCACAGCCCUAUUUGCAUCUGCAAUAACGGAUACACCGGUGACCCAUUUACCAAGUGCUUCCCUGCUCCACGUAAGAAUGUUUCUGACCCGUGCGUACCGUCUCCAUGUGGAAUGUACGCGGAGUGCAGGAACAUCGGAGGCACAGCUUCCUGUUCCUGUCUACCGAGAUACAUAGGAUCCCCUCCGACCUGCAGACCAGAGUGUCGCGUGAACUCAGACUGUCCCAGGAACCUAGUGUGCGCCAACGAGAAGUGCAGAGAUCCUUGUCAAGGAUCCUGCGGCGUUACGUCCCUGUGCACGGUUUACAAUCACGUUCCAGUGUGCACUUGCCCCGAAGGAUACACCGGUGACCCAUUCAGCAACUGUUACCCUGCCGCGAGACCAACUGAACCAACUGUCACUGAUCCCUGUGCAUCUUCACCUUGCGGUCCGAACGCACGAUGCGACAAUGGAAUUUGUUCCUGUCUACCCGAGUACCAGGGCGAUCCAUAUCUGGGCUGUCGACCAGAGUGUGUCUUGAACACGGAUUGCCCACAGAAUAGAGCUUGCAUGAGGAACAAGUGUGCUGAUCCUUGUCCCGGUACCUGUGGCAGAAAUGCACUCUGCAACGUCAUGAACCAUGUCCCCAUGUGCAGUUGCCCUAGUGGAAUGGUUGGAAAUGCGUUUGUCCAGUGCAAUGUCCUUCAAGAUACCAUUAAGAGGAAUCCCUGUUCACCGUCACCUUGUGGACCAAACAGUGUCUGUAGAGAGAUAAACGAACAGCCAGUCUGCUCCUGCGUAGCAGGAUUCUUAGGUGCUCCACCUGCCUGCAGACCAGAGUGCACAGUUAGCUCUGAUUGUCCUUUGACAGAGGCUUGCAGCAACCAGAAGUGCAUAAACCCUUGUCCUGGUUCCUGUGGAUUCAGAGCUGUCUGUAACGUUGUGAAUCAUAAUCCUAUUUGCAGCUGUCUGCCUGAACACACCGGUGAUCCGUUUGUUCAGUGUAUUCCAAGACGUAAGACCUCACCAGAGCCUGUAGUACCACAGAACCCAUGUGAACCAUCUCCCUGUGGACCCAAUGCACAAUGUAGAGUCGUGAACGAUUCACCAUCUUGCUUCUGCUCGCCAGAAUUCAUAGGCACCCCUCCUAAUUGCAGACCAGAGUGUAUUAGUAACAGUGAAUGUCCUAGUCAGAUGGCUUGUGUGAACCAGAAGUGCAGGGAUCCUUGUCCAGGAUCCUGUGGAGCCAAUGCAGAGUGUCGCGUGGUCAGUCACACACCUAUGUGUGUCUGUCCUGGUGAUUUCACCGGUGAUCCUUUCACUCAGUGUACUACCAGACCACCUGUCCCUGUCAAUCUUUCUCCCUGUACUCCAUCGCCAUGUGGCUUCAACGCGAUUUGCAAAGAGCAGAAUAACGUUGGUUCAUGCUCCUGUUUACCUGACUAUAUUGGCAACCCUUACGAAGGGUGUCGUCCAGAAUGUGUCGUCGACACUGACUGUACAUCUACCUUGAGUUGCAUUCGUUCGAAAUGUCAAGAUCCUUGUCCAGGCACCUGCGGUACGAACGCAGAGUGUAAAGUUAUCAAUCAUCGACCAGCUUGCUCUUGUAUUCAAGGCUACAGUGGAAAUCCAUUCCAAUACUGUAUUCUCAUUCGUCAAAUAGACGAAACUAAGUACAAGGACCCGUGCAAUCCAUCUCCUUGUGGAGCAAACAGCCAAUGUCGCGUGGUGAAUGGUCAAGGAGUCUGCUCCUGUCUGCCAGAAUACACAGGCACACCACCAAUGUGUCGACCAGAGUGUGUCUUGAACUCAGAAUGUCCUGCAGAUCGUUCUUGCGUCAACCAGAAGUGUGUUAAUCCAUGUCCUGCGUCCUGUGGCACGUUCGCCACUUGUGUGGUCAAGAAUCACAGUCCAAUUUGUGCCUGCAGACAGUCUUACACCGGAGAUCCUUUCACCAGAUGCUUCCCUAUGCUACCCAUACCACCAACAGCAGUAGAGUCUUCGCAACCCUGUCUACCCUCCCCUUGUGGUCCAAAUUCCGAGUGUCGCGUGGUAAAUGGUGGUCCAUCGUGUCAGUGUCUACCUGAGUAUAGUGGAAGUCCUCCAAAUUGCAGACCAGAGUGUACAAUCAACUCUGACUGCGCCAGUAACAGAGCUUGCAUCCGACAGAAGUGCAUAGAUCCCUGUCCAGGAUCCUGUGGAGUUGGAACUCAGUGUACAGUGAUCAAUCAUGUACCUAUGUGCACCUGUGUCGAAGGAUACACCGGUGAUCCUUUCAGUAAUUGCUAUCCAACACCACCACAAUUAACACCUCCAGAAUCAGACCCUUGCAAUCCAUCACCCUGUGGACCAAACGCUCAAUGCAACGCUGGAGUGUGCACUUGUUUGGCAGACUAUCGAGGAGAUCCUUACACUAGCUGUCGUCCAGAAUGUGUACUCAACAACGAUUGUCCUCAGAACAGAGCUUGCGUUCGAAACAAGUGCAUAGAUCCUUGCCCAGGAACCUGUGGAAGAAACGCUAUUUGCAAUGUCCUGAAUCAUGUGCCUAUGUGUAGCUGUCCUGAUAGAAUGGCUGGCAAUGCCUUUAUUUCCUGUGAUAGAGUAGAAGAACCAGUUCAGGCGAACCCAUGUAAUCCAUCACCCUGUGGACCCGAUAGUCAGUGUAGAGCAAUAAAUGGCCAAGGAGUUUGCUCCUGCGUGCCAGGAUACCUUGGUAGCCCACCUACGUGUAGACCAGAGUGUGUGGUCAGUUCAGAUUGUCCCAGGAAUCAGGCUUGCAACAACCAGAAGUGCAUCGAUCCUUGUUCAGGCACCUGUGGCUUGAAGGCACUGUGCCAGGUUGUCAAUCACAAUCCUGUGUGCAGCUGUCCUUCUGAUUUCACGGGAGAUCCUUUCACUAGAUGUGAAUUCAUCAUUGUAAGUGCUCCACCGGAAGACACAUGUGCUUCUUGCCAGUGUGGUCCCAAUUCAGUGUUCCAAACCGUCAACGACAAACCAUCCUGUGCCUGUCUGGCCGAUUUCAUCGGUUCCCCGCCUAAUUGUCGGCCGGAGUGCGUGAGCAACAGCGAGUGUUCGAGUAGUUUGGCCUGUAUCAAUCGAAAAUGCAGAGAUCCCUGUCCUGGCUCGUGUGGUUCCAACGCGGAAUGCAGAGUGGUCAGCCAUACACCGAUGUGCGCCUGUCUCAGUGGGUACACCGGUGAUCCAUUCACUCAGUGCUUCCAGAAACGACCCGAGUUCGAACUGAUACCGCUGACCCCGUGCACCCCAUCGCCCUGCGGUCCAAACGCCAUUUGCAAAGAGCAAAAUGGUGCUGGAUCUUGCUCCUGCGCCCCGGAUUACAUAGGAAACCCCUACGAAGGAUGUCGACCCGAGUGCACCGUGAAUUCCGACUGUCCCUCGAAUCUAGCCUGCAUCAGGUCCAAGUGUCAGAACCCUUGUCCAGGCACUUGCGGCCAGAACGCAGACUGUGCGGUGAUUAAUCACCUGCCUAGCUGCACUUGCCUGGCUGGCUUCACGGGAGAUCCUUUCGUGAACUGUUACCUCCAACCAACGACUACUCCCGUCCUAGAAGGAAACCCUUGUAGACCCUCACCCUGUGGACCAAACAGCCUGUGCCGUGUGAACAAUGGCCAGGCUGUGUGUUCUUGCCUACCCGAUUACGUUGGCAGUCCACCUGGAUGUCGACCAGAGUGCGUAGUCAGCUCAGAAUGCCCCUCGAACAGAGCUUGCGUUGCUCAGAGGUGUACAGAGCCCUGUGCAGGCCGUUGCGGUACCAACGCGGACUGUAGAGUGGUGAACCAUAGUCCGAUCUGUGCCUGCAAGCUGGACUUCACCGGAGAUCCGUUCACCAGAUGCUUCCCGACGCCAAAGAAAUUCUUUUCAGAACCACUGGCAACCCCAAUCGAAAAUCCCUGUAUGCCAUCACCUUGCGGUCCCAACUCAGAGUGCCGAGAUAUUGGAGGCUCUCCAUCUUGCUCCUGUUUACAAAACUACAUGGGCAGUCCGCCAAAUUGUAGGCCAGAAUGCACCAUAAAUCCUGACUGUCCCAGCAACAGAGCUUGCAUGAACGAAAAGUGCAGAGAUCCGUGUCCUGGUUCGUGUGGAUUCGGCGCCAUCUGCAACGUGAUCCAUCAUACUCCCGCGUGCUCUUGCCCUGAGGGUUACUCGGGAGAUCCAUUCACUAGUUGCCAACCUGUACCAUCUCAACCGAUAGAUCUCCCUGUGCAAGACCUCUGCAACCCUUCACCCUGUGGUCCCAACGCGGAAUGCGACAAUGGUGUCUGCAAUUGCCUCCCAGAGUACCGUGGAAACCCAUACGAACUCUGUAAACCAGAAUGUGUCCUCAACGACGACUGUUCUCAGAACAGAGCUUGUGCUCGUAACAAAUGCGUCGAUCCUUGUAUCGGUACCUGCGGUCAAAACGCCAUUUGCAACGUUUACAAUCAUGUUCCUAUGUGCAGUUGUCCUGCAGGAAUGUCUGGAAACGCUUUCGUAUUUUGCAAACCAGUUGGACCAGCAGACCCUUGCAGGCCCUCUCCGUGUGGUCCCAAUAGCCAGUGCCGCGUGGUGAACGAGCAAGGAGUGUGCUCUUGUGUUGAAGGAUAUUUAGGAACUCCGCCAUCUUGUCGGCCUGAGUGCGUGGUCAGUUCAGACUGUUCGCGUAAUCUGGCAUGCAGCAACCAGAAAUGCAUAGAUCCUUGCUUGGGUACCUGUGGUCUGAGGACCCAGUGUCAAGUAGUCAAUCAUAAUCCCAUUUGCAGUUGCAUUCCUAGGCAUUCUGGAGAUCCUUUCACCAGAUGUGAUCCCAUAACACUCGUACCUAUGAAUCCCUGUCAACCAUCCCCUUGUGGACCAAACGCACAGUGUCGCGUAGUGAACGACGCACCAUCUUGCUCCUGUUCGGCAGAAUUCAUCGGAACACCACCUAAUUGUCGACCAGAGUGUAUCAGUAACAGCGAAUGUACUUCUCAUUUGGCUUGCAUGAACCAGAAAUGUCGAGAUCCCUGUCCUGGUGCUUGUGGAUCCAACACAGAGUGCCGCGUGGUCAGUCACACGCCUAUGUGUGUCUGCAUAAGCGGAUACACCGGAGAUCCUUUCACACAGUGCAUUAUGCAACAACCAACGAUAGUUGAGAACGUGUCACCCUGUACACCAUCGCCCUGUGGAGCAAACGCAGUGUGCAAGGAGCAGAACGGAGCAGGUUCUUGCACCUGUUUGCAGGAUUAUAUCGGGAAUCCCUACGAAGGAUGUCGUCCAGAGUGUACAGUGAACUCUGACUGUGUAUCAAGCAUGGCUUGUAUACGUUCCAAGUGUCAGGACCCUUGUCCAGGAACCUGCGGGCAAAACGCAGUCUGUCAAGUGAUCAAUCAUUCUCCAGCGUGCACUUGCAUGCCCAGUUUCACUGGUGAUCCCUUCAGAUACUGCAAUCCCAUCUUGCUAUCUGAGCCAGUCCUAAGACAGCCCUGCAAUCCAUCCCCUUGUGGACCAAACAGUCACUGUCGCGUAGUGAACGACCAGCCAGUCUGUACGUGUCUCCCAGAAUACAUCGGAAGUCCCCCAGGAUGUCGACCAGAGUGUGUGAUGAGCUCAGAGUGUCCAUCGAACAGAGCUUGCGUGAACAACAAGUGUGUGAACCCUUGUCCACAGCCUUGUGGUUCCAACACCAACUGCAUGACCCUGAACCACAGCCCUAUUUGCAGUUGCAAGCAGGGUUUCACGGGAGAUCCUUUCAGUAGAUGCUUCCCUGUGCCAAAACCUGCACCUGGUCCAGUUGUCCAGAACCCCUGUGUACCAUCGCCAUGUGGACCAUACGCGGAAUGUCGCGAUAUCGGUGGUGCACCGUCGUGUUCUUGCUUAAGAUCCUACAUUGGUAGCCCCCCGAACUGUCGUCCUGAGUGUUCGAUUAACUCAGACUGCCCUAGCAAUCAGGCUUGCAUAAACGAGAAGUGUAGAGACCCUUGUCCGGGUUCCUGUGGAUUAUCAGCGACCUGUAACGUGAUAAAUCACACGCCAUCUUGUAUUUGUCCAGAAGGUUUCACAGGAGAUCCCUUCACUAAUUGUUACCUCAGACCGACAGUCGAGCCAGUAAUCCCAGCAGACCCUUGCAACCCCUCUCCCUGCGGUCCAAACGCAAUUUGCACAGAAGGUAGCUGUUCCUGCCUCCGAGACUACCAAGGAGACCCCUACACCGGUUGUCGCCCAGAAUGCGUCCUGAACAACGACUGUCCUCUAUCCCAAGCCUGCAUUCGCAACAAAUGCGUGGAUCCGUGCCCAGGAACCUGCGGAGAGAACGCUCAGUGCAACGUGUACAAUCACAUUCCCAUGUGCAGUUGUCUGCCUGGAAUGACUGGAAACGCGUUUGUUUCUUGUCGUCCAAGCAGAGGUACGUGCCCUGAAGACCCUUGUAAUCCGUCUCCAUGCGGAUCGAACAGCGUUUGUCGCGUAUUAAACGAGCAAGCAGUGUGCUCUUGCGUGGCUAACUUCAUCGGAACACCACCAUCCUGCAGACCAGAGUGUACAGUGAGCUCAGAUUGCCCGAAGAACCAAGCUUGCAGCAAUCAACGUUGCAUGAAUCCGUGUGCAGGCACCUGCGGUGUCAGGGCUCAGUGUCAAGUGAUCAAUCACAAUCCCAUUUGUAGCUGUUCAGCUGGCUUCACCGGAGAUCCAUUCGUCCGUUGCGAGCCUAAACUGGAGGAGCCAACGACGCCUAUUAAUCCCUGCCAACCUUCACCUUGCGGACCGAACGCGGUUUGCCAGGUGAUCAACGACUCACCUUCUUGCUCCUGCAUGCCUCAGUUCAUUGGAACACCGCCUAGUUGUAGACCCGAGUGCAUUAGCAACAGCGAGUGCGCCGCUAAUUUAGCCUGCGUGAGCAACAAGUGCAAGGAUCCUUGUCCUGGAUCUUGUGGAGCUAAUGCAGAGUGUCGUGUUGUCAGUCACACGGCUAUGUGUGUGUGUUUCGUUGGAUACGAGGGUGAUCCUUUCACCCAGUGUAUCUUGAGACAGACUCAAAUGCAACCAAUCUCUUCGAGUCCAUGCACACCAUCACCCUGUGGUUCGAAUGCAGUUUGCAAAGAGCAGAAUGGAGUUGGUUCAUGUACCUGUUUGCCAGACUACAUGGGCAAUCCCUACGAAGGCUGUCGACCAGAGUGUAUCAUAAAUUCUGACUGUCCAUCCACUCGAGCGUGCAUUCGUUCCAAGUGCCAGGAUCCUUGUCCUGGUGCCUGUGGUACCAAUGCUGAGUGCCAGGUUGUGAACCAUUUGCCAAGUUGUAACUGUUUCUCCGGGUACACUGGCCAGCCUUACCAAUUCUGUCAGCCUAUCAUGAUACAACCUGUUGAGGAUAGGAGAGAUCCAUGUUCCCCAACACCUUGUGGACCAAACAGUAGAUGCCAGGUCAUUAAUGACCAAGCAGUUUGCUCUUGUCUGCCAGAAUUCUCUGGUACUCCUCCAGGAUGUCGACCAGAGUGUGUAGUCAGCUCAGAAUGUCCUACGAAUCUAGCCUGUGUCAACCAGAAAUGCAAGAAUCCCUGUCCUGGACCUUGUGGUAUCGGUGCAGAGUGUAACGUUAUUCACCAUAGUCCUAUUUGCGCCUGUAGACAAAGGUACACCGGUGAUCCAUUCAGUCGUUGCUUCCCAAUGCCAGAACCUCCAACAACUAUGGUACCGUUUAAUCCCUGCGUACCCUCGCCCUGUGGACCAAACGCAGAGUGUCGCGACGCGAAUGGCAUACCAUCCUGCUCCUGUCAAUCGAACUACAUAGGAAGUCCACCGAACUGUCGACCAGAGUGCACAGUGAACUCUGAGUGUUCUCCAAGUCAAGCUUGCAUGAGAGAGAAAUGCAGAGAUCCUUGUCCUGGCUCCUGUGGCACUUUUGCUCAGUGUACCGUGAUGAAUCACGUACCAAUUUGCAGUUGCAUAGAAGGAUACACUGGAGAUCCUUUCAGUAGCUGUUAUCCUAAACCUCCACCACAACCAACAGUUUCCGACGAUCCAUGCAAUCCAUCACCUUGUGGACCCAACGCAGAGUGCAACAAUGGAAUCUGCUCUUGCAUAGCUGAAUACAGAGGAGAUCCUAACGUAGGAUGCAGACCAGAAUGUGUCCUCAAUACAGAUUGUCCCACGAGUCAAGCUUGCGUUCGUAACAAGUGCACAGAUCCUUGUGUCAAUACUUGCGGACAAAACGCAUUGUGCAACGUCUUCAACCAUAUUCCCAUGUGCAGUUGUCCUUCUGACAUGAAUGGAAAUGCUUUCGUCCUUUGUUCUCCGGUUCAAGAAGUGACCCCGGAAACACCGUGCAAUCCAUCCCCAUGCGGACCAAACAGUCAGUGUCGACCGAUUAAUGGUCAGGCAGUCUGCUCCUGCGUGCCUGGCUACAUGGGAAGUCCCCCAUCCUGUAGACCAGAGUGUACAGUGAGCUCAGAUUGUCCCAGGAGUGAGGCAUGCAGUAAUCUAAAGUGCGUGAACCCUUGCGUGGGAAGCUGUGGCAUUCGUGCACAGUGCCAGGUCAUCAAUCACAAUCCUAUAUGCAGCUGUACAGCAGGAUUGUCCGGAGACCCAUUUGUCAGAUGUGAUCCUAUCACGGAGAUCCAGCCAGAGGUGAUAAACGUCUGCAAACCAUCACCCUGUGGUCCCAAUGCGUUAUGCCAAGUGUCGAACGAUUCCCCAUCAUGCACCUGUAUGUCAGGAUUUAUUGGCUCUCCGCCCAACUGUAGACCAGAGUGUGUUAGCAACAGUGAAUGCUUAUCUCACCACGCUUGCAUAAACCAAAAGUGCAGAGAUCCUUGUCCUGGUUCUUGCGGAGCCAAUGCAGAAUGUCGCGUAGUCAGUCACACACCCAUGUGUGUUUGUUCCGGUGGAUACACCGGUGAUCCAUUCACACAGUGUGUUAGAUUCGAAGAAUCGAGACCAAGUUCACCGUGCACACCGUCGCCCUGUGGUUCGAACGCAAUUUGCAAAGAGCAGAAUGGGGUGGGAUCAUGCGCUUGUCUGCCUGAAUACAUCGGCAAUCCUUACGAAGGAUGUCGACCAGAGUGCACAGUUAGCUCGGACUGCCCUUCGAACUUGGCUUGCAUGAGAAACAAGUGUCAGAACCCUUGUCCUGGAACCUGUGGACAAGACGCUGUCUGUCAGGUCAUUAACCACUCGCCAACGUGUACUUGUAUUCCUGGUUUCACCGGAGAUCCCUUCAGAUAUUGUCUGCUCGCGAGAGAACCUGUCGAAGAUCAGACAGAUCCUUGUGUUCCAUCACCCUGCGGAGCCAACAGCCAAUGUCGCGUGGUUUCCGGUAACGCUGUCUGCUCCUGUCUACCAGAAUACUCCGGAAGUCCUCCCUCCUGUCGUCCCGAAUGUGUCAUAAGCUCAGAUUGUCCUUCGAAUAGAGCCUGCGUGAAUCAGAAGUGCGUGAACCCCUGUCCACGUGCCUGUGGACAGAACACUAAUUGUCUAGUCGUGAACCACAGUCCAAUUUGUACCUGCAAAGAAGGAAACACUGGUAACCCCUUCACCAGAUGUUUCCCUCUUCCAACUCAAUCAACGUUACCUGAUCUACCUCAAAAUCCCUGUCUACCAUCCCCCUGCGGUCCCUACUCGGAGUGUCGAGACAUCGGUGGCGCACCGUCUUGUUCCUGUUUAGCUAAUUACUUCGGCAGCCCACCGAACUGUAGGCCAGAGUGUACAGUGAACUCGGACUGUCCUAGCGACAAAUCCUGCAUCAGACAGAGAUGCACCGAUCCAUGUCCUGGAUCCUGUGGUUUGUCCGCCAGGUGUACAGUUUUCAAUCACGUACCAGUUUGCACCUGUAUGGAGGGAUUCACUGGUGAUCCUUUCAGCAGUUGCUCUCCUGCACCACGUAAGCUUUCUCUUUAGAUUGUCCCUGAAGAUCCAUGCAAUCCAUCACCCUGUGGUCCAAACUCGCAGUGCAGCAACGGUGUUUGCACGUGUUUGUCGGAGUAUCAGGGUGAUCCUUACGUAGGAUGUCGACCAGAGUGUGUUCUGAACACAGACUGUCCUUCGAACAAGGCUUGUCUGCGCAACAAAUGUGUAGAUCCUUGCGUUGGUACCUGUGCUCAGAGUGCAGUCUGCAACGUGUACAAUCAUGUGCCUAUGUGCAGCUGUCCUGUUGGAAUGAGUGGAAACGCAUUCAUAUCUUGCAGUCCAUUCAGAGACCCUGUAGUGAGUAAUCCUUGCAAUCCAACACCUUGCGGGCCAAACAGUCAAUGCAGAGAGGUGAACGAACAGGCUGUGUGCUCUUGCAUCUCUGGUUUCGUGGGAAUUCCACCCACUUGCAGACCAGAGUGUGUCGUGAGCACAGAUUGUGGACCCACUGAAGCUUGCAUCAAUCAGAAAUGUAACAAUCCUUGCAUUGGCAGUUGUGGAAUCAGGGCAACUUGCCAGGUGGUCAAUCACAACCCGAUUUGUAGCUGUUCCAGUGGUACGACUGGCGAUCCUUUCGUCAGGUGUACAGAAAAACAAUUGAACUUUAUUUUAGCACUGGAAGCUCCUCCGCAACAGAACCCAUGUGAACCAUCCCCUUGUGGACCAAACGCACAGUGUCAAGUGAUAAAUGACUCUCCAUCGUGCUCUUGCUUAGCAGAAUUCACUGGUUCCCCGCCAAAUUGUAGACCAGAGUGCAUAAGUAACAGCGAAUGUCCAAAUAACCUGGCUUGUAUAAAUCAGAAAUGCAGAGAUCCUUGUCCAGGAUCUUGUGGUAGCAAUGCUAUGUGUAACACAGUUUCCCAUACGCCGAUGUGCACCUGUUCUCCAGGAUACACUGGCGAUCCUUUCACUCAGUGUGUCGUGCAACAACUUAUACCAAUGUAUGUCCCUGAACCCUGUGUACCGUCUCCUUGUGGAGCAAAUGCACUGUGCAAAGAACGAAACGGAGCAGGAGCUUGCUCCUGUCUACCAGGAUACAUUGGAAACCCUUACGAGGGUUGCAGACCAGAAUGUGUCAUAAACACAGACUGUGUUCCUAGCAAGAGUUGUGUUCGAUUCAAAUGUGAAGAUCCUUGUCCUGGUACCUGUGGUCAGAACGCAAUUUGCCAGGUGAUUAAUCACGUGGCUACUUGUAACUGUUUGCCGAGAUUCACCGGAGAUCCGUUUAGAUUUUGUAGAGAAGAGGAAAUAGGUACUGUGAGAAAUCCCUGUCAACCAUCGCCCUGUGGACCGAACAGCAUAUGUAGAGAGAACAAUGGACAAGCGGUGUGCUCUUGUUCGCCAGAAUUUCUUGGUUCUCCACCAGGAUGCAGGCCAGAGUGCACAAUCAGCGCAGAAUGUCCUUCCGAUCGAGUCUGUGUUAAUCAGAAGUGCACAGAUCCUUGUCCCGAUCCCUGUGGAAGAAAUGCACUCUGCAGAGUUAUCAAUCAUAGUCCUAUUUGCUCUUGUCAGCAAGGUUUCACUGGAGAUGCAUUCUCUAUUUGUUUCCCUGCUCCACUAGAUUCGUUAAGACCAGCGCAACAAGAUCCUUGCGCGCCAUCCCCUUGUGGUCCAUUUUCUCAGUGCAGAAACAUAGGAGGAAAUCCAUCUUGCUCUUGUUCACUCUCGUACAUUGGUGUUCCACCAAACUGUAGACCAGAGUGCACCAUAAAUGCAGAAUGUUCGAGUGCACUUGCUUGCAUUCGCGAGAAGUGCUCUGAUCCUUGUCCAGGAUCUUGUGGUAUCGGAGCUCGGUGUUCCGUUUUGAAUCACGUCCCGAUUUGCUCUUGUCCCGAAGGAUACACUGGAGAUCCUUUCACCAGCUGCAUCCUGAGACCCGUGAUAUCUGAAGAGCCAGUAUCAGAUCCCUGCAACCCUUCACCCUGUGGUGCGAACUCACUCUGUCGCGAUGGCAUUUGCACGUGCCUUCCAGAAUUCCAAGGCGAUCCAUACAGUGGUUGUCGCCCUGAAUGCGUCAUGAACAACGACUGUGCUCGCGACAGAGCUUGUUCGAGGAACAAAUGCACGGAUCCUUGCAUAGGAACCUGUGGACAGAACGCACAGUGCCAGACAAUCAAUCAUAUCCCUAUGUGCAGCUGUCCUGUUGGAAUGUCUGGAAACGCUUUCGUUUCCUGUUCUCCAGUUCAGGAAGACGUAGUACAGAAUCCUUGCUCCCCAUCGCCAUGUGGACCAAACAGUCACUGCCAAGAAGUGAACGGAAUCGCAGUAUGCAAGUGUAUAGAAAGUUUCCUGGGCAAUCCACCGACUUGUAGACCAGAAUGUGUCGUUAGCUCAGACUGUGAACUGUCUAAAGCUUGUGUGAACCAGAAAUGCAGAGAUCCUUGCCCAGGAACCUGUGGUUUGAGAGCAGAGUGCUCUGUGGUCAAUCAUAAUCCCAUUUGCAGAUGUCCUCAGGGUCUCAGUGGUGAUCCUUUCACCUCUUGCAACGUUAUAGUGUCUCCAGAACCGAUCAAUCCGUGUUAUCCGUCACCUUGCGGUGCGAAUGCUCAGUGUCAGGUUGUGAAUCAGUCUCCAUCGUGCUCCUGUUUGCCAGAAUUCUCAGGAUCUCCACCGAAUUGUAGACCAGAGUGUGUUAGCAAUAGCGAAUGUCCAAUUCGUCAGGCCUGUAUCAAUCAGAAGUGUAAUGAUCCUUGUCCUGGUGUUUGUGGAAAUGAAGCUGAGUGUAGUGUGUUCAGUCAUACUCCUAUUUGCACCUGUCGUACUGGGUUCACUGGAGAUCCUUUCGUUCAGUGUACCUCCGUACCAAUUGAGGAAGACAGAGUGUCACCUUGCACCCCAACACCUUGUGGUGCAAACGCGGUUUGCAAGGAAUCAGGAAACGCAGGAGCGUGCUCCUGUCUACCUGAUUACUUUGGAAAUCCUUACGAAGGCUGCAGACCCGAGUGUGUCGUGAAUUCUGACUGUUCAGCUAAUCUAGCCUGUGUAAGAUCGAAGUGUCAGGAUCCUUGUCCUGGUGCUUGUGGCCAGAAUGCAAUGUGCAACCCUGUGAAUCACAUGCCUGUGUGCAAUUGCAUGCAAGGAUACACUGGUGAUCCGUUUAGAUACUGCAGUUUGAGUCCAGUGAAUCAUGUGCUAGCAGAUCCCUGCAAUCCUUCGCCCUGUGGACCAAACAGCGAAUGUCGCGUGAACAACAACCAAGCAAUUUGCUCCUGUCGCUCGUCGUACAUAGGCAGUCCUCCAAACUGCAGGCCAGAGUGUGUGGUCAGCACAGACUGUCCACUAACUCGUGCUUGCGUGAACCAGAAGUGCGUUGACCCUUGUCCAAAUUCAUGCGGAGCGAACGCGAAUUGCAGGAUCAUCAAUCACAGUCCAAUCUGCUUCUGUAACAAUGGAUACACCGGUGAUCCAUUCACUGCCUGCUUCCGUGCUCCUGCUCUCCUAGAAACGACACCAACGAUACAAAGAGACCCGUGUUCACCAUCGCCAUGUGGUCCCAAUGCAAUUUGCCAGAACGUGGGACAAACUCCAGCUUGUUCUUGUUCGCCAAACUAUCGCGGUAGCCCUCCAAACUGUAGACCAGAGUGUACGAUCAAUUCUGAGUGUCCAAGUAAUCAAGCUUGCAUUCGGGAGAGAUGUAAAGAUCCCUGUCCAGGCUCUUGUGGCUUUAACGCUCUGUGCACAGUGUUCAAUCACGUUCCUGUGUGCUCUUGUAUCGAAGGAUUCACCGGAGAUCCUUUCAGUCAGUGCAAUCAACAAAUUAAGCCUCCUGAGCCAGUAGAGAUCGAUCCAUGCAAUCCAUCGCCCUGUGGACCUAACGCUCAAUGUGACAAUGGAAUCUGCUCUUGUCUACCUGAUUACUAUGGAGAUUCCACCAUUGGCUGUCGACCAGAGUGUGUACUGAAUAACGACUGUUCUCGAAACAGAGUUUGUGUAAGAAACAAGUGUGAAGAUCCAUGUAUUGGUACAUGUGCAAGCAAUGCAGUCUGCAAUGUGGUUAAUCAUGUACCAAUGUGCAGUUGUCCAGUUGGUUUCGAAGGAAACGCCUUUGCAUUCUGUCGACCUGCCAUAGCCGAACUUCCAUCUAACCCAUGCAGUCCAUCGCCAUGUGGACCCAACAGUCAAUGUAGAACGAACAAUGGCCAAGCAAUCUGCAGUUGCGUCCCAAGUUACUUAGGAAAUCCACCAAACUGUCGUCCAGAGUGCAUAGUUAGCUCUGAGUGUCCUCCCAAUGAGAUAUGCUCGAACCAGAAGUGCAGGGACCCUUGUAUUGGCUCUUGUGGCCUUGGAGCUCGUUGCACAGUAGCUAAUCGUAACCCAAUUUGCCAUUGUCCCGAAGGAUUCACGGGAGAUCCUUUCGUUAGAUGUUUUCCACUUCCACCAGUACCGCAAGAACCCAUAAACGUCUGCCAGCCAUCACCUUGUGGACCCAAUGCUCAGUGUCAAAUAUCAGGAAACUCUCCUUCCUGCACCUGUUUGCCUGAAUUCACCGGUUCUCCACCAAACUGCAGACCUGAGUGCAUCAGCAACAACGAAUGUCCAAGUCAUCAAGCUUGCGUGAACCAAAAGUGCAGAGAUCCUUGCGUUGGUUCUUGUGGAGCGAAUUCACAGUGUCGCACUGUCAGUCACACGCCUAUGUGCUACUGUGACGCAGGCUACACUGGUGAUCCGUUCACGCAGUGCUUCAUUCGACCCAUCGAAGAUACACCAACGAAAGUCAAUCCCUGUCUACCAUCCCCUUGUGGAUCAAACGCAAGGUGCACAGAAAGAAACGAUGUAGGCUCCUGCGCGUGUCUUCCGGGUUACCUAGGCAAUCCUUACGAAGGCUGCAGACCAGAAUGUGUCUUAGACUCCGACUGUUCACCAACAAGAGCCUGUAUCAACUCGAAAUGCGUCGAUUCGUGUCCAGGAACGUGUGGUACCAACGCAGAGUGUCGCGUUGUCAAUCACAGAGCUUCUUGCUCCUGUUUCUCAAGCUAUGCUGGUGAUCCUUAUCGAUACUGCUCUAUUCAACCAGUUGGUAAGUUCAGUGACCCAUGUGGAAAUGGUCAGUGUGGUCCAAAUAGUCAAUGUAGAGUAAUCAAUCAAGUGGCUGUUUGCUCUUGCAUGCCUGGAUACAUGGGUACACCUCCAGGUUGUAGACCUGAGUGUGUUACCAGCUCGGAAUGUGCCUCUGAUAAGGCUUGUGUGAGGCAGAAGUGCGUGAAUCCUUGUCCUACUUCGUGUGGACAGAACACUGACUGCAGAAUGAUCAACCAUGCGCCUCUUUGUAAUUGCAUGAGAGGGUACACUGGUGAUCCUUUCACUGUGUGCUUCCCUAUUCCAUUGACACCACCUACUCAGACAGACCUAGCUCCAAGAGACCCUUGCAUUCCAUCCCCUUGCGGAGUCUAUUCAGAGUGUAGAGACAUUGGAGGAGUACCAUCCUGCUCUUGUCUGGCUACCUACACCGGAAGUCCACCGAACUGUCGACCAGAGUGUACCAUCAAUUCAGACUGUCCUCCAAAUCAAGCUUGCAUGCAACAGAGAUGCAGAGAUCCUUGUCCCGGUUCUUGUGCCCUUUUGGCUCAGUGUACCGUGGUUAAUCACGUUCCUACUUGCUCUUGCCUUCCUGGUUACACCGGAGAUCCUUUCACCAAUUGUAUCAUCGAACCACCUCGUCCUGUUGAAACUGACCCAUGCACACCCUCACCUUGUGGAUCAAACGCACGUUGCGACAAUGGUGCUUGCACAUGUUUGCCAGAAUACUCUGGUGACCCAUAUACAGGCUGCAGACCAGAGUGUGUCUUGAACAACGACUGUCCAACCAAUAGAGCGUGCGUUAGAAAUAAAUGCGUGGAUCCUUGUGUCGGUGUCUGUGGACAGAGUGCCUUGUGCAACGUUUUCAACCAUGUUCCCAUGUGCAAUUGUCCCUCAGGAAUGGCUGGAAACGCUUUUGUACUCUGUUCUCCCGUUCAAGUAACCACAGUCAGUGACCCAUGCAACCCAUCACCAUGUGGUCCCAACAGUCAAUGCAGACAGAAUAACAUGCAAGCUGUGUGCUCUUGCAUAAAUGGAUUCAUUGGUGCACCUCCCACUUGUAGACCAGAGUGUGUAGUUAGCUCAGAUUGUCCUCUGAACGAAGCUUGCAGCAAUCAGAGAUGCAGAGAUCCUUGUGCAGGAAGUUGUGGGAUAAAUACAGUUUGUAAUGUCGUGAAUCACAAUCCUGGUGAUCCAUUCGUCAAUUGCUAUCCAAUGCCGGAGAGACCUCCAACUCCAGUCAACCCCUGUCAACCAUCCCCUUGUGGUCCAAACGCAGACUGUCAGAUAGUGAACGAUCAACCAUCCUGUUCCUGCCUUCGAGAAUUCAUAGGAUCGCCUCCCAACUGUCGUCCAGAGUGUGUCAGCAACAGUGAAUGUUCCAAUCAAUUAGCGUGCAUCAGCCAGAAGUGUCAGAAUCCUUGUGUAAACUCCUGCGGUGUAAAUGCAAUUUGCAACGUGGUCAGCCACACUGCUAUGUGUGUUUGCACCAAUGGUUACACCGGAGAUCCGUUUACUCAGUGUAUACCACAGCAAUUCGACAUUCAAGUCAGCAGACCACCAGCUCCUUGCACACCUUCUCCAUGUGGAGCGAAUGCAAUCUGUAGGGUGCAGCAGAAUACAGCUUCUUGUUCCUGUCAGAACGACUACAUCGGCAAUCCUUACGAAGGAUGCAGACCUGAGUGUACCCUUAGCUCAGAUUGUCCAUCGAAUCAAGCUUGUAUCAGAUCGAAAUGUAAAGACCCCUGUCCUGGAACUUGUGGCCAGAAUGCACAGUGUUACGUUGUCAAUCAUGCUGCCACUUGCAGCUGCUUCGAGCGGUACACUGGAGAUCCUUUCGUAUACUGUAAUCCAUCUAGAGAACCACGUAAGAAAAUCCUCAAAAAACCUAAUCUCGUAAAUCCUUGCGAACCAUCGCCCUGCGGAUCCUACAGUCAAUGCAGAGAGUCCAAUGGACAAGCUACGUGUUCUUGUCUACCAACUUACGUAGGAACACCUCCAAAUUGCAGACCAGAGUGCACUGUCAGCUCUGAUUGUUCGUUAAACCUUGCAUGUAGGAACAAUAAAUGCGUCGAUCCAUGUCCCGACUCCUGUGGACAGCAAAGCACUUGCAGAGUGGUGAAUCAUAGCCCUAUCUGCAGUUGCAAGCCAGGUUACACCGGCGAUCCUUUCACUUACUGCUUCUUCAGUCCACCCGUCCCAGUUGUCGAAACACCAGUAGAUCCCUGCAUAAACUCUCCUUGUGGAGCUAAUUCCCAAUGUCGCAACAUCAACGGCUCCCCUUCUUGCUCCUGUUUAACCAAUUACAUCGGUGCUCCGCCAAAUUGUCGUCCAGAGUGUGUUAUCAACGCAGACUGUCCCAGAGAUCAGGCCUGUAUUCGAGAGAAGUGUCAGGAUCCUUGUCCAGGAUCCUGCGGAAUUAACAGUGUCUGCACUGUUCACAAUCAUGUACCUAUUUGCACAUGUUUGGAAGGAUACACUGGAGAUCCUUUCACCAGUUGUCAAUUCAAACCGAUGAAGACAGCGAUAGAUCCAUGCAGCAAGUCUCCAUGUGGUCCCAACGCAGAGUGCAACAACGGUGCCUGUACCUGCUUGCCAGAAUAUUCUGGAAACCCUUACAUCAGCUGUCGACCUGAAUGCGUAUUAAGUACAGACUGUUCUAACGAUAGAGCGUGUAUAAGAAACAAAUGCGUGGAUCCUUGCCCUGGAGCUUGCGGUCAGAACGCUCAGUGCAACGUUAUCAAUCAUAUACCCAUGUGCAGUUGCCCUGCUAGGACCAGUGGAAACGCUCUGAUAGUGUGUUCACCUGUCCAAGUUCCCACAACAACGAGACCCUGCAACCCAUCUCCAUGUGGUCCAAACAGUAUCUGCAGAGAGGUGAACGACCAAGCUGUGUGCACCUGUGCCCCAGAAUACCUUGGAACUCCACCUCUGUGUAGACCAGAGUGUACGAUCAGUUCAGACUGUCGAAAGAACCAAGCUUGCGUGAACCAAAAGUGCAGAGAUCCUUGUCCAGGAACUUGUGGUGUCCUAGCAACCUGCAUUGUGGUGAACCAUAACCCUGUGUGCUCUUGUCCCGAGAGAUACACCGGGGAUCCGUUUAUCAGAUGCGAAAUGAUCAAAGAGGUAGUAGUGCCCACGAACCCCUGCCAACCGUCACCCUGUGGCCCCUACUCUCAGUGCCAAGUGAUCAACGACAACCCAUCCUGUAGUUGUCUAGCAGAAUACAAAGGUUCCCCGCCAAACUGCAGACCCGAGUGCAUAUCGAACUCCGAGUGCCCCAGCCACCAAACCUGCGUGCAACAAAAGUGCAGAGAUCCCUGUCCAGGCCUCUGUGGAGAGCUCGCAGAGUGUCACGUGACCUACCACGUACCUAACUGCGUUUGUCCAAGUGGUUUCACCGGAGACCCGUAUACCCGUUGCGCGAUAAUAACUCGCGACCCGGAACCCUCGCCCUGCGACGAUGGCACUUGCGGCACGAACGCGUUGUGCAGAGAACGAGACGGUGUUGGAUUGUGUUAUUGCCCCUCUGAAUACGUCGGCAAUCCCUACGUAGGCUGUAGACCCGAGUGUGUCAUUAAUCCUGAUUGUCCGUCGAACAAAAUGUGCGUGAGAAACAAGUGCCAAGACCCUUGUCCCGGAACCUGUGGCCAGAACGCCGAAUGCUCUGUUGUUAACCAUCAACCCUUCUGCAAUUGCCGGCCAGGAUUCACUGGCGACUCGUUUGUCGUGUGUACUAUGGAUAUGAUAGUCCCGAAAGAGAACGUCUGUAGCCCGUCACCCUGCGGCCCCAACAGCCAGUGCAAAGAAGUUUCCGGUCAAGCUGUGUGCUCCUGCCUGCCCACCUAUGUAGGCACCCCACCUGGAUGCAGACCCGAGUGUGUAGCUAGCUCCGAGUGUCCCACCCAACUCGCGUGCAAGGACUACAAGUGCAUGAACCCGUGCCCGUAUCCCUGUGGCCUGAACACCGAGUGUGUGGUCGUGAACCACAGUCCCAUUUGUAGCUGCAUGCCUGGAUACAGCGGUGAUCCUUUCACCACUUGCACGCCAAUUCCACCCGUCACGAUCCCUGGCCCAACGGAGAGAGACCCCUGUGUGCCAUCCCCGUGCGGCAGUUUCGCCCAGUGCAGAAAUGUCCGUGGCUCAGCUGCCUGUAGCUGUCAAGAAGGCUACACAGGCCAGCCACCGAAUUGCAGACCCGAGUGUACGAUUAAUUCAGAGUGUCAGAGCAACGUGGCCUGCAUCAACAUGAAGUGUAGAGACCCCUGUCCUGGUUCCUGCGGCUCCGGUGCCCUCUGUGCAGUAGUUAACCACAUUCCCGUGUGCAAUUGCCCCGAAGGUUUCACUGGAAAUCCGUUUACCGCGUGUCAAUUGCUACCAGCUACACCACCUCUACUGACGCCGAUAGAAGACCAAUGUUCCCCGUCACCCUGUGGCCCCAACGCAGAGUGCACGAACGGCGUUUGCACCUGUCUACCAGAGUUCCAAGGAAACCCAUACCUAGGAUGUCGACCUGAAUGUGUCCUAAACUCAGACUGUCCUCGAGACAGAGCCUGUUUGCGUAACAAGUGCACUGACCUAUGUCCUGGAACCUGUGGCCUGAACGCCUUGUGCAUGGUUAUUAAUCAUAUACCCAUGUGCAGCUGUCCUGGAAACAUGACUGGCAACGCGUUCAGUCAGUGUACCCCUCUGCAAGAUAUCAUAACCAUCAAUCCAUGUAGCCCAACACCCUGCGGACCCAAUAGCGAGUGCAGAGUAGUGAACGGUCAGGCAGUUUGCUCCUGCAUCAGAGGAUACUUAGGAAGCCCACCGACCUGCAGACCCGAGUGUAUAGUGAGCACUGAUUGCCCACAGAACGAAGCUUGUAACAAUCAGAGGUGCACGAACCCUUGUCCAGGAACCUGUGGACUUGGAGCUAAGUGCAACGUCGUCAACCAUAAUCCCGUGUGCAGCUGUCCGUUGCGUUACACGGGAGAUCCUUUCGUACAGUGCAUGCCAUUCUUGGAGGAACCAGUAGUAGACCCCUGCAAACCAUCGCCCUGUGGUCCAAAUUCUCAGUGCCAAGUGAUCAACGACUCUCCCUCGUGCUCCUGUUCACCAGAAUUCUCUGGCAGUCCACCUAAUUGCAGGCCAGAAUGUGUCAGUAACAGCGAAUGCGCUAGUCAACUAGCUUGCAUCAAUCAGAAAUGCAGAGAUCCUUGCGUAGGCUCCUGUGGAGCAAGUGCAAACUGUCUCGUUGUCAGUCACACUCCAAUGUGCACUUGUCUGAGUGGCUACACCGGUGAUCCAUUCACUCAGUGUGUUUUCAAAGAACCAGUUAUUCAAAUGCCAGUCGAACCUUGCAAUCCAUCUCCUUGCGGUUCCAACGCCGUUUGCAACGAACUGAACGGCGCAGGUUCUUGCAGUUGUAUUACCAAUUACAUUGGCAAUCCGUACGAAGGAUGUCGACCAGAGUGUCUCUUAAAUUCCGACUGUCCUGCCAAUCAGGCUUGCAUGAACACUAGGUGCAGAGAUCCUUGUCCAGGAACAUGUGGUCGCAAUGCAGAGUGUCAUGUGAUUAAUCACUUGCCUAUCUGUGAGUGCUAUCCGAGACACACUGGCAAUGCUUUCGUCCUGUGCAUACCCAUUAAAUUAGAAGUUGACCAAACGAUCAGUCGUCCAUGCAAUCCAUCACCCUGUGGACCAAACAGUCAGUGCAGAGCAAUCAAUGGACAGUCUGUCUGUUCAUGUUUGCCCGAGUUCAAAGGCAGCCCACCAGCCUGCAGACCAGAGUGCACUGUCAGCGCAGAAUGCGCUUCAAACUUGGCCUGUAUCAAUCAGAAAUGUAGCGAUCCUUGUCCUGGAUCCUGUGGCUCGAACACUAGAUGCGAAACCAUUAAUCACAGAGCCAUUUGCUCUUGUCAGCCAAGCUUCACUGGCGAUCCACUUGUAGCUUGUUUCGAUGUGAUCAGUAAACCUUCACUAAUGCAACCAAACGUGAACCCUUGCGUCCCCUCACCCUGUGGACCCUAUUCAGACUGUCGCGACAUAAAUGGCCAAGCUUCUUGUGCCUGUUUAGCAGAAUACAUGGGAACGCCGCCAAAUUGUAGACCAGAGUGUAUUCGAAAUUCAGAGUGUCCUAGCAAUCAAGCUUGUAUUCAGAAGAAGUGUCGUUAUCCGUGUGAAGGAGUCUGUGGAGUAGGUGCACAGUGUUCUGUCAUCAAUCACACUCCCAUUUGCACCUGUACUGAAGGAUUCUCUGGAGAUCCUUUCGUCAGAUGCUCCCCUGCUCCAGGUAUAAAUCAUUUACCCAUAAACCAUCAAUCAGCUGAUUCUUGCCUGAAUUGUGGAGCGAAUACCCAGUGUCUCGAUGGGACCUGUACUUGUCUACCAGAGUAUCAAGGAGAUCCUUAUUUAGGUUGUCGUCCAGAGUGUGUCCUGAAUUCAGACUGUCCAAGAGACAGAGCCUGUAUUAAGAGCAAGUGUAACGAUCCAUGCUCUGGCACUUGUGGCCAGAAUGCCUUGUGUUCUGUGGUGAAUCAUAUCCCUGUCUGCACUUGUCGACCUGGAACCUCUGGAAACGCAUUCGUUGUGUGCUCUACUGUUCGAGUUCAAACGCCUAAAGAUCCAUGUAAUCCAUCGCCCUGUGGACCCAACAGCCAGUGCAGAAAGAUAAACGACCAAGCAGUCUGCUCUUGCAUCCCUGGCUACCUAGACACUCCUCCAAAUUGUAGACCAGAGUGUAUUCUAAGCUCAGACUGUCCAUCCAAUAUGGCAUGUAACAAUCAGAAAUGCGUAGAUCCUUGUCCAGGUACUUGCGGAAUUAGAGCAGAGUGUGUGGUCGUGAAUCACAACCCCAUUUGUAGCUGUCCCUCGGAUCUGACCGGUGAUCCAUUCACCGUGUGCAUAAGAAGACCUGAAGAACCUCAAGUUCAGAACCCAUGCGUGCCAUCACCCUGCGGAGCAAACAGUCGAUGCCAAGUCAUAAACAAUUCACCCUCUUGCACCUGUCUACCUGAAUUUUUAGGAUCUCCGCCGAAUUGCAAACCAGAAUGUAUCAGUAACAGCGAAUGUUCCACCCAUUUGGCCUGUAUCAAUCAAAAGUGUCGCGAUCCUUGUCCUGGAUCGUGUGGUUCCAAUGCUGAAUGCAGAGUGAUCAGUCAUACUCCUAUGUGUGUCUGUUCUUAUGGUUUCAUUGGUGAUCCGUUCAUUCAGUGUAAAUAUAAUUUUCUAGUCAUCGAAGAUUCAUUGGAGAAACCCACACCCUGUGUACCAUCGCCCUGUGGUUCGAAUGCUAUGUGCAACGAGCAAAACGGUGCAGCAUCCUGUAAAUGUCUCUCAGACUACAUUGGAAACCCCUACGAAGGCUGUAGACCAGAGUGUAUCAUCAAUUCUGAUUGCACAGCCGAUCAGGCUUGCGUUAGAUCCAAGUGUCAGAACCCUUGUCCAGGAUUCUGUGGAUACAACGUAGUCUGUCAGGUUGUCAAUCAUGCUCCUCUGUGUACUUGUCAAUUUGGAUACACUGGUGAUCCAUUUGUUCAGUGUAACAUUGUCCAAGCACUUCCAAAACCAGCUGAUCCUUGCAGUCCAUCGCCCUGUGGCCUAAACAGUCAAUGUAAAGUGUCCAAUGGACAAGCUAUUUGCUCCUGUUCACCCACAUUCAUGGGCACACCACCCAUGUGCAGACCAGAGUGUACAGUCAGCUCAGACUGUGCAACGAAUCGCGCCUGCAAGAACCGUAAAUGCGUGGAUCCUUGUCCAGGUAUUUGCGGUAUCAAUGCCAGGUGUGAGGCUAUCAAUCACAGUCCUAUUUGCAGCUGUAACAUGGAAUACACUGGUGACCCAUUCGUUAGAUGUUUCAAGGUUCCAACGGUGUCUGAACCAGUGAACCCUUGCGUACCAUCACCUUGUGGACCAUUCUCCCUGUGUCGCGUCCUGGGUAACGCAGAAUUGCCAAGUUGUUCUUGUAUGGACAAUUACAUGGGAUCUCCACCGAACUGUCGACCAGAAUGCACCAUAGACUCAGAAUGUGCCAGCAAUAGAGCUUGUCUCAGACAGAAGUGUACCGAUCCUUGUCCAGGAUCCUGUGGUACAGGUGCUCAGUGUCUCGUGGUGAACCACAUGGCUGUGUGCACCUGUCCCAAGGGAUACACUGGCGAUCCGUUUGUCAAUUGCUUCAUAGAAUCUCCUCCUUCACAACCCGUUCCUCAAGAUGCCUGCAAUCCUUCACCGUGCGGCUCAAACGCAGUCUGUCGUGAUGGUACCUGCUCUUGUCUAUCAGAAUACCGCGGUGAUCCAUAUUAUGGAUGUCGACCAGAGUGUGUACAGAACCCAGACUGUCCUCUCGACAAAGCUUGCAACCGGAACAAGUGUUUCGACCCUUGUAUCGGUGUCUGUGGUCAGAACGCCGAGUGUGUGGUGAUUAAUCAUACUCCUAUGUGCAGUUGUCCCGAUGGAAUGUCAGGAAAUGCAUUCACUACGUGCCACCCGGUGAAAGACCCAGUUGUGGUAGAACCCUGCAAUCCAUCACCCUGUGGUCCCAAUAGUAGAUGUCAGGACUUCAGUGGACAGGCAGUCUGUUCGUGUGUCCUUGGAUACAUUGGAAAUCCACCAGCCUGUCGUCCAGAAUGUAUAGUUAACAGUGACUGUCCAUUGAACGAGGCUUGCGUGAACCUGAAGUGUAGGGAUCCAUGUCCUGGAUCUUGUGGAGUGUCUGCUAGGUGUCAAGUGGUCAAUCACAAUCCCAUUUGCAGCUGUCCUCCAGUGUUCACCGGAGAUCCCUUCGUUCGUUGUCUACCUAGAUCUGAAGAACCAGUGCAACCAACAAAUCCCUGUCAACCAUCACCAUGUGGUCCCAACGCAGUCUGUCAAGUGACGAACAAUUCUCCAUCCUGUUCGUGCAAGGCAGAAUUCAUUGGCACUCCUCCAAACUGUAGACCAGAGUGUAUCAGCAACAGUGAAUGCAGUAGUCAUUUAGCUUGCAUCAAUCGCAAGUGCAGAGACCCAUGUCCAGGUUCCUGUGGCUCUAAUGCCGAGUGUCGCGUGUUGAAUCAUGUACCAUCGUGCACUUGUGCCAAGGAUUUCACGGGAGAUCCUUUCGUUCAGUGCUUCGUCAAGCAACCGGAUACAAUGGUUCCAGCACGCCCCUGUCAACCUUCUCCCUGCGGAGCUAACGCCAUUUGCCGUGAGCAGAAUGGCUUCAGCUCCUGCGCCUGUUUAGCUGAAUACAUAGGCAAUCCUUACGAAGGAUGUCGACCAGAAUGCACAAGAUCGUCAGACUGUCCCUCUCAUUUGGCUUGUAUCAGAUCCAAGUGCCAGAAUCCUUGUCCCGGUUCUUGCGGCGCUAACACCAACUGCCAGGUGGUGAAUAAUCUACCUGUAUGCACUUGUAUCCCUCAAUACACCGGAGAUCCUUACGUAAACUGUGUCUAUAAGAUACCCACGAAAGAAGAACGAGACGUCUGUCAGCCGUCACCUUGCGGUCCAAACAGCCAGUGUCAGAACGUAAAUGGCCAGGCUGUGUGCUCUUGCAUGUCUCAAUACGUAGGAACCCCACCAAGUUGUAGACCAGAAUGCGUAGUGAACUCGGAAUGCAACUCGAACCUUGCUUGCAUCAACCAGAAGUGCAAGGAUCCAUGUCCUGGCACCUGUGGUCGAAAUGCACAGUGCAAGGUGGUCUAUCAUAGUCCUAUUUGUAGCUGUGGAAGUGGUUUAACAGGAGAUCCAUUCGUCUACUGUUUCCCAGCUCCAAUGCCCAAACCUGAAGACCAGUACACGAAAGACCCGUGUGUACCAUCUCCGUGUGGUACAAACGCAAUGUGCAAGGCUAUCGGUGACACACCAGUCUGCACUUGCAUGAACAACUACAUUGGAGUGCCACCAAACUGUCGACCAGAGUGUUCCAUCAAUUCAGACUGCACAGCAGACAGAUCUUGCCUUCGUGAGAGGUGUAGAGACCCAUGUCCAGGUUCCUGCGGAGUGAAUGCACGUUGCACGGUUGUAAAUCACACUCCAGCUUGCACUUGUCCUGAAGGAUACACCGGCGAUCCCUUCGUCAGCUGUUCACCUAAUCCUCCACCAUCCACUCCAACUGACCCGUGCAAUCCGUCACCAUGUGGACCGAACGCUCAGUGCAACAACGGAAGGUGUCUUUGUGUACCUGGAUACUUGGGAGAUCCCUACUCUAUCUGUCGCCCCGAGUGUGUCAUCAACACAGACUGUUCCCGAAACGAAGCUUGCAUUUUACACAAAUGUAGGAACCCGUGUAUAGGAACCUGCGGAUUGAACGCAGAGUGCAACGUGGUCAAUCAUCUGCCUAUGUGCAGCUGUCCUAGGAACACGACAGGCAAUGCGUUCCUUUCGUGUAAUCCUAUUCAAGAAACUGCUAUUGUCGACCCAUGCAAUCCAUCACCCUGCGGUCCAAACAGUCACUGUCGUUCCUCCAAUGGCCAAGCUGUCUGUAGUUGCGUCACUGGAUUCAAAGGAAUACCGCCAUCCUGUAGACCAGAGUGUGUCGUGAGCUCUGAUUGCCCUCGUAACAGAGCUUGCAGCAAUCAGAAGUGCAUAGAUCCUUGUCUCGGUGCUUGUGGAUUUUCCGCACAGUGUUCUGUGAUCAAUCACAAUCCUGUGUGCAGCUGCUUCGAACAAUACACCGGAGAUCCAUUCGUUCAGUGUGUUCCUCAAACAAAAGAACCAGAUGUCCCAGUGAACCCUUGUCAACCAUCACCCUGUGGUCCAAACGCCCAGUGUCAGGUGAUCAACAACUCGCCCUCGUGUUCUUGCCUCUCAGAGUUCAUAGGAACCCCACCAAACUGUAAACCAGAGUGUGUGAGCAACACAGAGUGCCCGACGCAACAAGCUUGCAUCAACCAGAAGUGCAGAGACCCUUGUCCGGGUUCCUGUGGCAGGAACACAGAGUGUAGGACCAUUAGUCACACACCUAUGUGUACUUGUGCUAGUAGUUUCACUGGAAAUCCAUUUGUGCAAUGUACACCUCAGCCAAAUAUCCCAGAAAAACUGAACCCAUGUCAACUAUCUCCUUGCGGACCCAACGCAGUUUGUCGCGAAUCCUAUGGCACAGCGCAAUGCACAUGUUUGCCUGAUUUCUACGGUAACCCGUACGAAAACUGUAGGCCAGAGUGUCUCAUUAACUCUGACUGCCCAUUCAAUCGAGCUUGCAUGAGGAACAAGUGUCAGGAUCCCUGUCCAGGAACUUGUGGCUUCAAUGCUGACUGUCAGGUGGUGAAUCACAUUCCAGCUUGCAGCUGUAGGUCAGGUUACUCCGGAGAUCCCUUCAGAAGCUGUGGUAUAUUCGAGCAACCUCCUGCACCAAGUCCCUCGAAUCCUUGCGAACCAUCGCCCUGUGGACCCAAUAGUCAGUGUCGCAACGUAAAUGGCCAGGCAAGUUGCUCUUGUCAGGCCAGUUUCAAGGGUACUCCUCCAAGAUGCAGACCAGAAUGCGUAGUGAGCACAGAAUGCGGGAACAAUAGAGCUUGCGUGAACCAGAAAUGCGUUGAUCCUUGUCCCGGAGUUUGUGGAAUAAGCGCAAGAUGCGAGACCUUCCAUCACAGUCCCAUUUGUAGCUGUAACUCUGGUCAAACUGGAGAUCCGUUCGUAAAAUGCUUCGACGUGACCACAACACUACCACCUGUACCCGUGAACCCCUGCGUUCCAUCACCCUGUGGACCAUUCUCACAGUGUCAGGACACAGGAGGCACUCCAUCCUGCUCCUGUUUGCCUAAUUACGUUGGCUCAGCUCCGAACUGUAGACCAGAGUGUUCCAUCAACUCAGAUUGUAUCAGUGACAAGUCUUGCAUCAGGGAGAAGUGUAGAGAUCCUUGUCCAGGAUCGUGUGGAGCUGGUGCUCUUUGUAACGUGAUCAAUCAUACACCUGUCUGCACCUGUCCUAGAGAGUACACUGGUGAUCCGUUCACUAGCUGCCGUCCAAUGCCCACAUCAGCCCUCCCAGUGACCUCUGACCCAUGCAACCCAUCACCCUGUGGUCCAAACGCUCUCUGUCGAAACGGUGUGUGCAGUUGCAUAACCGAAUACCGUGGCGAUCCCUACCAAGGCUGUCGACCAGAGUGUGUCCAAAAUUCAGACUGCACCUACGACAGAGCCUGCUCCAACAACAAAUGCGUGGACCCUUGCACCGGAAUCUGUGGUCAGAACGCAGAGUGCAUGGUGGUUAAUCACAUUCCUACUUGCAGUUGCGUGGAGAACCACGAAGGAGAUCCAUUUACCCUCUGUAAACCUGUUAGAAAGCGUGUGAAACCCUGUGAACCCACACCCUGCGGACCCAACAGCAUCUGUCGCGAGUUUAGCGAGCAAGCUUCUUGCUCUUGCCUCCCUGGAUACUUCGGAACUCCACCCAGCUGUAGACCAGAGUGUCUAGUGAACUCUGACUGCGAGCAGAACAGAGCUUGCGUCAACGAGAGAUGCCAGAACCCUUGUGAAAACGCCUGUGGUCAGGGUGCACUAUGCACCGUGAGAAAUCACAACCCUAUUUGCAGUUGCCCUGAACAGUACUCCGGUGACCCGUUCGUCAGCUGUUUCCCUAUGAAAACGCUGUACGAAGAGCCCAGCCAGGAUCCGUGCAAGCCCUCACCAUGUGGACCAAACUCCCAAUGCACCAUUUCACCAGACAAUAAAGCCUCCUGCGCCUGUAUGCCCGAGUUCACAGGCUCUCCUCCCAACUGUAGGCCCGAGUGUCUCAUAAACAGCGAGUGUCCUGGCAAUCAGGCGUGCGUUAAGCAGAGAUGCACCGACCCGUGCUCAGGAUUGUGCGGCUCUAACGCACUCUGCCAAGUUACCCUGCAUUACAUCCGUUGCGUGUGUCCCGAGGGAUACACAGGAGAUCCGUUCACUAGUUGUUCCGUGGCCAAGAUAUCUCCAGAACCACCGACACCAUCGAGACCAUGCAGUCCAUCGCCUUGCGGAGUCAACGCUUACUGCAGAGAAAGGUACAACAGUGCCUAUUGCGAGUGUCUGCCAGAUUUCAGAGGAAACCCGUACGAAGGCUGUCAACCGGAGUGUCUGAUGAACACCGACUGUUCGAAAUCGCAGGCUUGCAUCAGGACCAAGUGUCAGGAUCCUUGUCCUGGUACCUGUGGAGUUGGAGCUAUCUGCACAGUGUCUAAUCACAUUCCUAUUUGCUCUUGUCCUCUGCCUACUAUUGGAGACGCGUUCACCAUCUGUCAAGCUGUCUCUGAACCACCCAGAGAAAGGGAUCCUUGUUCUCCAUCUCCUUGCGGUCCCAACACUAUCUGCCAGAAGAUCGGCGACACAGCAGUCUGCAAGUGUCUCCCUGGUCUCCAAGGAAUUCCAUCGAGCCUCACUGGCUGUCAUCCAGAGUGUGUGAUCAGCUCAGACUGUCCAGGAGACAAGGCUUGCAUCAACAACAAGUGCAUAAAUCCUUGCACUCAGAACGUGUGUGGUAUCAAGGCUAUUUGCAAGGCCAUCAAUCACAGUCCUCUCUGCAGCUGUCCACCUUCGUUAAUUGGCAAUCCAUUCGAAGAAUGUUACACUAAAAUUGAAACCGAUCCUUGCAACCCGUCUCCGUGCAGCUACAACGGCGAAUGCAAAGUCAGAAAUGACAUUGCAGUGUGUAUCUAUCCAGAGUGUGUGAUUAACUCAGAUUGUCCUCGAGACAGAGCUUGUUUCGGACAGAAAUGCAGAGAUCCUUGCAUCGGUGCCUGUGGAAUUAAUUCGUUGUGUCAGACGGUGAACCAUAAGCCUGUCUGCUCGUGUCCAUUUGGAUUCACUGGUAACGCAAGAAUUCAGUGCACUGUACCAACAGUCGAAGAACCAGUUCCAGAGUGCACUCAGAACUCCGAGUGCCCCAACGACAAGACUUGUUACAAUCAAAAGUGCGUCGAUCCUUGCACUCUCGACUCCUGCGGAUUCAACAGCCGCUGUCACGUGCAACUGCACCGUGCUGUAUGCGUUUGCAACGAAGGUUUCACUGGAAAUCCUCAACAAUACUGUCGCGAGAUUGGUUGUCGAGGAGACAGUGACUGUCCAUUGACUCAAUCCUGCAUCAACAACGAGUGCUUGGACGCCUGUUCUGUGACACAAUGUGGCGUGAAUGCACUUUGCAGAUCAGAUGGAUACCACAAACCGAGAUGCUACUGUCCCGAUGGAUACUUAGGAAAUCCGUAUCAAACGUGCGAGAGACCAGAGUGUACCACUGACUACGAUUGUCCUUAUUCUUUGGCUUGUCGAGAUCUGAAGUGUGUGAAUCCUUGCGACUGUCCACCGUCCGCACAGUGUUCUGUGAUUAAUCAUCGUCCCAAUUGUCGAUGCCCUCCUGGCUACGUUGGCGAUCCAUACACCGCUUGUCUAUUGGAAAUGAUCGAGCCACAGCCACAGUGUCAAGUGGACGGAGACUGUCCGAGUAGAUUAGGCUGCUUCAACGGCGUUUGUAAAGAUCCUUGCAUAGAAACGAAGCCUUGCAUCGCUGGAGCCAAGUGUUCUGUCGUUGACACCUUGCCAAUGAGAACUAUGAUCUGUGAAUGUUUGACGAACUUCGCUGGAGACGCGACUGUUGCUUGUAUUCCAGUGGAUAAACAAAUCGAAGCAGUCUGCGACAUUGAUACAGAAUGCACGUUUAACAUGGCUUGCUUGAACCAACGAUGCAUCAAUCCUUGCACUAUUAAUCCUUGCGCAUCGAACGCUGAGUGUUCUGUUCAGAAUCACUACCGUCAGUGUCAUUGCUCUCGAGGAACCGCUGGAGAUCCUUUCGUAAAUUGUUACCGGGACACUGACUCGUUCCCAGAGUGUGUAAGGAACACAGAUUGCGCGCCCAACGAAGCCUGCAUAAACGAAUUCUGUCAAAAUCCGUGUGUGAGCACUCAGUGUGGAUUAAACGCCGAGUGUAUCACCGUGAAUCAUCAUCCAACUUGCCACUGUCAGCAGAAUUUCGCCGGAGAUCCUCAAAUGCAAUGUUUCAGACCUGAGUGUAAGUCAGACAGCGACUGUCCAUACGACAAGACUUGCCAGAACAACAACUGUGUCACUCCCUGCUUGGUUGGAGACAUCGCAUGCGGUCGUGGUGCACAGUGCAUCGCAGUUUCUCACAGAGCUCAAUGCGUUUGUCCGCGAGGCACACAGGGUGAUCCGAGAAUCGCGUGUAUCUCUGCAGUGUGUCAUUACAACGAGGAUUGUGCCGAUCAUGAAGCCUGCGAUAGAUUGAACAGGGUUUGUCGACCUGUUUGCGAGGACGACACUUGUGGGGACACUGCUAAAUGCAUCGCGAGAGACCAUCAGCCUAAGUGCACUUGUCCUCUUGGAACCACUGGAAACCCUUACAUCGAAUGCACUGGUGUGUCCAUCGAAGCAGAGUGCAAAGAGGACGGCGAAUGCCCAUCGUUCUUCGCCUGCAUCAACGCAAGAUGUCAAGAUCCUUGCCUCUCGUCGACUAUGUGCUCCGGAGAUCAAGAAUGCAAAGUGCUGAACACAGUGCCUCUUCGUACAAUGAUCUGCAGCUGUCCACCGAAUACCAUCACCGAUGUAAAUGGACAGUGCAAGAAGAUUGUAUUGGAAGACGUACAGUGUCACCAGGAUCAAGAUUGCAAUAAUUCGGACAAAUGUGUGGACGGAACUUGUAUCGAGGCUUGUUUGACCAGUCAAUGUGGAUUGAAUGCUCAAUGCAAGGCGACGUCUCACACUGGAAUCUGUCAGUGUGCAUCAGAGUUCAUUGGUAAUCCUUACAUCGAAUGUAUCAGAGUUCCUCUCCCACCUCAAACACCAAUUCGACCAGAAUGUUACUCUACUAGCGAAUGUUCAAGCGACAAACAGUGCAUAAAUUCUCUAUGCGUGAAUCCUUGCGUCGUUCAAGAUCCUUGCGGCAGAAAUGCACUUUGUCACGUGAACAACCAUAAUCCAGUCUGCAGAUGCCCUAACAAUUACGUUGGAGAUGCUAGAGUUAAUUGUAUACCACCGCAAAUUGUGGCUGAGUGUACUUCGAACUAUGAUUGCGCUGGUAACGCUGCCUGUGUGAACAGUUUGUGCAUCAAUCCUUGCAACUGUGGUCACAACGCUAAGUGCAACGUCGUCGAUCAUUAUCCAUCCUGCGUGUGUCCUCCUGGAUAUUCUGGAAAUCCUCAGCUGGGUUGCUUCAAACUGGACUGCGAAUCAGACAGCGAAUGCAACAACGCAGCCGCCUGCUACAACGGCCAAUGCGUGAAUCCUUGCAUCCUGGAGAACAAAUGCGCCAUAAACGCAGAAUGCUACGGCCAAAACCAUCGCGCCGUGUGUCGAUGUGGUCCAGGUUACUUAGGGAACCCAGAAGUUCACUGUGAGAGAGUAGAAUGCAGCGCAGAUUACGAUUGUCCUCGAAACUUAGCCUGCAGCAGCGGACGUUGCGUGAAUCCUUGCAUAGAAGAUUCACCGUGCGCUCAAAAUGCGAUCUGCUACGUUCAAGAUCACACAGCGACCUGUCGUUGUCCCGAGAAUAUUCCAGUUGGAAAUCCGUACUCCUAUUGCGAACAUCGCCAAACGACACAGUUGGACGAACCAGAAUGCAGAAUCGACCUGGAUUGCGCUGACAAAUUGGUGUGCAUCAAGAACAAGUGCAUCGAUCCUUGUCCUGUGAUUAGACCGUGCAUGGAGAACGCAAGGUGCAACGUUUUGGACACUGUUCCUGUGAGAACCAUGACCUGCACUUGUCCUGAAGGCUGGACCACUGAUGUCGACGGCGUUUGCAGACCAAUCCAACUAACAGUGAUCGGCACCUGCACAACGAACGACGAGUGCAGCGACGGAGAAUCCUGCAUCAACAGACAGUGCAGAAAUCCUUGCAACUGCGGCACGAACGCGGCCUGCUACGUACGCAACCACAAACCCAUCUGCUCCUGCGAGGAGAACUACCAAGGCAAUCCAGACAUCGCCUGUUACUCGGUAGAAUGUCGCAGAGACAGCGAAUGCUCGUUGGACAAGAGCUGCGUGAACAACAACUGCGUGAAUCCUUGUCUAGUGUCCGACAGUUGCGGAGUGAACGCCGAAUGCUUCCCUAACAACCACAAAGCAGACUGUAAAUGUCGCAAAGGCUACCACGGAAAUCCUCUGGAUCGUUGCAGAGUGAUCGGCUGCUACAGCAACGGAGACUGUCCAGGAGAUCACUCUUGCAUCAACAUGCAGUGCAUCAAUCCUUGCGUUCACAGCAAUCCUUGCUCGUCUCUGGCAGAAUGCAGAGUCUUCAAUCAUCUACCGAUCUGUCGUUGUCCUGCUCAACAUAUAGGCAAUCCUUACAUAAACUGCAAACCAGAAGCUCGACCAGAGUGUAAGGAAGACACGGAUUGUCCUGGUUUGCUCGCCUGCUUCGACAACAAGUGUCAGAAUCCUUGCACCGUGGUGGAGCCUUGCAGCGAACCAUCUGAAUGCAGGGUUCUUCCUACUUCUCCUGUUCGUACCAUGGUCUGCGUGUGUCCUAGCGGUUAUGUGAGUAGUGGAAGCGGUACUUGCAGAGCUACCAAGCCGAUAUUGGAGAUAGAGUGCACCAGAGAUGGAGAUUGUCCUUCGGAGAAGUCCUGCGUGAACGCUGUGUGCAGGAAUCCUUGCGCUUGUGGACCUAACGCGGACUGUAGCGUUGCUAAUCACAAGCCGAUUUGCUCGUGUAUUCUGGGAUACGAUGGGAACCCUGACGUGGUGUGCACGAAAGUGGCUGGGUGUCGUACAGACGGCGAUUGCAGCGGAUCCCACACGUGUGUGCAGCACAAUUGCCUCCCAGUUUGUUCACCAUCUCUAUCUACCUGUGGCAAGGGAGCAGACUGCCAUGGAAUCAAUCACAAAGCGAUCUGUGAAUGUCCACCUGGAUAUGGAGGCAAUCCAAGGGUCUCCUGUGUUCUUCUUGGCUGCAGGAGCAACUCUGACUGUCCCACGAAUAAAGCUUGCAUCAACAACCGGUGUGAGAAUCCAUGUGCGGAGAGUCCUUGCACAGGAAACAUGGAUUGCAACGUGUAUAAUCACGUGGUUGAGUGUGCUUGCCCUCCUGGCUUCAUUGGGGACACCAAAGUGGGAUGCACCAAACGUAAGAAUUAAUAAUUUUGUAAGGCAGACAACGAGUGUCCAUCGCAAACCGCCUGCUUCAACGGCGACUGCAUCAAUCCUUGCGUGAAGAUCGAGCCUUGCGGAGUAAACGCAGAUUGCAAAGUGUUGGACACCUCACCUGUGAGAACCAUGAUCUGCGAAUGUAUUCCUGGCUACAGAGGAAACGCUGUCGUCCGUUGUGACAAAACAAACGUGUGUUCAGUGGAGAAAGACCAAGUCCUCGACGAAUAUGGCAACUGUAUCUGUCCACCAGGAUCAGCUAAGGACGAAACUGAAGUGUGUAUUCCUUGUCGAAAACAGUCUGGAAUGAUCAUCAACGACGAAGGAUACUGUGUCUGUGAUCUGGAGAACGGUAUGAUCAUCGACGAGCAUGGCCACUGUGUGUGUCCAACUCAGCAUGGAUACAGGCUUGAUUCCAAUGGCCAUUGUAAAUUAGUGGAUAUAAUGGAAUGUAGGCUCGACGAUGACUGCGCUGAUAACAGAUACUGCGACAAGACCAGCCAAACCUGUGAAGAUCCUUGCAUGAGCCAAUUAUGCGGCCUUUACGCACUUUGCAAUGCUACUCGUCACCAAGCUAUUUGCAUAUGCAUCAACGGUUACAUUGGGAAUGCUUACACCCAGUGCUACGACAAGAACCGAUGGCGUACAGACUUCCCCAGGCCAGAAAUGGUUGUCAGUUGUCUCUCCGACGGGGUCCAAGUCGAGAUUCAUCUUCACGAUCAAGAAUUCGACGGUGUUCUUUACGUCAAAGGCCAUAGCAAAGACGAACAGUGCAGAAGGGUUGUUUCAAUUCCAGCAGAGACCAUGCACAAGACAGAGAUCUUCAAGGUGGCGUUCGGAAAUUGUGGAUUAAUUCACGUAAACGGACAAGCCAGCUUCGUAUUGGUCAUACAGAAGCAUCCGAAAUUAAUGACAUACAAGACACAAGCGUAUCACAUCAAAUGCAUAUAUCAAACCGGAGAACAAAAUGUUACUCUUGGUUUCAACGUGUCUAUGCUGACCACUGCUGGAACCAUUGCAAACACCGGUCCUCCGCCAGUUUGUUUAAUGAAGAUCGUCACUCAGAAUGGGAACGAAAUUAACUCCGCUGAAAUUGGAGAUUAUCUGAUGCUGCAAGUGGAAGUUCAACCGUCAACGAUCUACGGCGGCUUCGCCCGAAAUUGCGUGGCGAAAACGAUGGAGGACAACUUGGAGAACGAGUACAUAGUGACAGACGAGAACGGUUGUGCGACAGAUCCAACGAUAUUCGGCGAAUGGGAGCAGAAUCCAGAGACACAGACGUUGAUGGCUAGUUUCAACGCGUUCAAGUUCCCAAGUAGCGAUAACAUACGAUUCCAGUGCAAUAUUCGAGUGUGUUUCGGCCGCUGUCAACCCGUAAAUUGUCGAGGAUACAACGCGUUCGGUCGUCGACGAAGAGACGUCUCGAAUCCAAACGACACAGCAUUGAGCGUCACGGACAGCUUCGAGGGCCAACUUCGAGAAGAGAUAACGAUCCAGUCGAAUCUGAUAUUCACUCUGGAGAGGAGAGAAGAGAGGUUCACAGCAGAUCCAGCUGAGAUUGCUUCAGCUCAAAGAGUGGAAGACAUAUGCGUAUCAAUGGUCGGCUUUGUGAUAGCACUGGUAAUUACAGCACUUCUGGCACUGGUUGCUGUAGCUAUUGCUGUAUCGUGCUGGCUAAUGGCGUAUCGUCGCCAGCCGAAGACUGCUGGACCACUGCCACAUCCACCAGAGUUCCCAAAUCCAUUGUUCACUACGGAAUCUGUAGCUGAACCGUCUCCUGAUUAUCACCUAUCAUAAGCCCCUCUAGGAUAAUUAUUAUCUCGUAACGUAAUUUUAUAAUUCUUCAAAUGGAAUGCAGCACAGGCCAAACUUCAAUUUCUUCCUUCUUCUUCUUCUUCUUCUACUUGCUUGGCCGGUCUUGUAUUCCUGUUAGAAACGACUCCUCCAGUGACUGAGCCUUCCGUACUUUUUCCUCUUCAGGGUUCACAACGAGCGUGCCGUUACGUUCACUGUUACAUACGAGUAAAAGAGGCCCGCGAAUCACGUUAUACAUAGAUAUAUAUAUAUAUAUAAAUAUAAAUAGGUAGAUA